CUCGCUUUGUCUGCCCUCCCGUCCCCGCUCAGUCCGACCAGCUCGCUGAACACGGGGGGCGGGGCCUGCGCGGCACUGCUGCUCACACGUCACGGAGUCAAAGGUCCUCAAAAUGGCCGCCCCCAGUGUCUCCCCCACCUCGCCUGCUCACAGGGCCUGAGGCCGGACCAAGGAAUGGAGGCCAUGGGGCCAGAGGUGGGUCCCCACACCCACAGACACGGCUUUACCUGGGCCCUGGCUCUCUAAAGGGGGGGAGCCCAGAAAUAAAGGUUUCUCCCUGCCUGGGUUUGGGAGGGAUGGGAUUUAGCUAUUCUCUCUCUGCCUGGGUUUGGGAGGGAUGGUAUUUAGAUAUUCUCUCUCUGCUGGGUUUGGGAGGGAUGGUAUUUAGCUAUUCUCUCUCUGGGUUUGGGAGGGAUGGUAUUUAGCUAUUCUCUCUCUGUCUGGGUUUGGGAGGGAUGGUAUUUAGCUAUUCUCUCUCUGGGGGGAGGGAUGGUAUUUAGCUAUUCUCUCUCUGUCUGGGUUUGGGAGGGAUGGUAUUUAGCUAUUCUCUCUCUGUCUGGGUUUGGGAGGGAUGGUAUUUAGCUAUUCUCUCUCUGCCUGGGUUUGGGAGGGAUGGUAUUUAGCUAUUCUCUCUCUGCUGGGUUUGGGAGGGAUGGUAUUUAGCUAUUCUCUCUCUGUCUGGGUUUGGGAGGGAUGGUAUUUAGCUAUUCUCUCUCUGCCUGGGUUUGGGAGGGAUGGUAUUUAGCUAUUCUCUCUCUGCCUGGGUUUGGGAGGGAUGGUGUUUAGCUAUUCUCUCACUGCCUGGGUUUGGGAGGGAUGGUGUUUAGCUAUUCUCUCCCUGCCUGGGUUUGGGAGGGAUGGGAUUUAGCUAUUCUCUCUCUGCCUGGGUUUGGGAGGGAUGGGAUUUAGCUAUUCUCUCUCUGCCUGGGUUUGGGAGGGAUGGGAUUUAGCUAUUCUCUCUCUGCCUGGGUUUGGGAGGGAUGGGAUUUAGCUAUUCUCUCCCUGCCUGGGUUUGGGAGGGAUGGGAUUUAGCUAUUCUCUCUCUGUCUGGGUUUGGGAGGGAUGGUAUUUAGCUAUUCUCUCUCUGUCUGGGUUUGGGAGGGAUGGUAUUUAGCUAUUCUCUCUCUGCCUGGGUUUGGGAGGGAUGGUAUUUAGCUAUUCUCUCUCUGUCUGGGAGGGAUGGUAUUUAGCUAUUCUCUCUCUGUCUGGGAGGGAUGGUAUUUAGCUAUUCUCUCUGCCUGGGUUUGGGAGGGAUGGUAUUUAGCUAUUCUCUCUCUGCCUGGGUUUGGGAGGGAUGGUAUUUAGCUAUUCUCUCUCUGGGUUUGGGAGGGAUGGUAUUUAGCUAUUUUCUCUCUGCCUGGGUUUGGGAGGGAUGGUAUUUAGCUAUUUUCUCUGCCUGGGUUUGGUAAGGAUGGUAUUUAGCUAUUUUAACUGACCUCAUUGCAGCUGGUGUUUAUUUAGGCUCUGUACAUUUUACAGAUCAAGAAAUGCAUUAAGUAAUUAAUUGUACUGUUUAUUGUAAAGCAACAAUACUCAGACACUUACUGUUUUAAAUUUCAAGCAGGUUUAUUGGAACAUCCAGGUGCACAGCAACGUUUCGACCAGGUCUUUGUCAAGAUUGAGUAAUAAGUAGCUGAGUAUUUUUGCUUUACAUUAUGUGGGGAGUGCUGACCCUUACUCGGUGAGCACCCCGUUUUUUGGUCGACUCCAGCCCUCACUCAAUCUUACACUGUACUGUUUUUAUUAACCUUAUUUUUUUUUUUAUGUACAUAUAAAAUGUUCAAAUAUUACCUCCCUGUUAAACAGACUUAUUCAGAUAAGUUUAUCCCCUCCCCCACCUUCAUCAUGCAAGUAGACAUAUCAGUUGUUGCACUAAGUUGGCUAGCUUUGGGAAAAUCAAUUAUGCAACUAGAAUCUUAACAUUUGUUUCAGUUUCUUUUCUCAACAGAAAAUUAUCUUCAGGAAUCCAAAGGCCCAAGCUAGUAGAAAUUCCUAUAUAUUCCAGCACUGUACAUGUGCUUGCUUUGUGGUGCAUGUUUUUCCAGCUCCAAUAUGCAAGCUUCAAUAUUUUUCCUUAGGAAGUUUUGACAUCUACUGUGCACAUAUGUGAGUGUGAUUUAAUGAUUGCCGCAUGGUGUUUCCAAAAAUGUAUAUGGUAAUACACUGAUUAGCACAUGUUUGGUUAGCUCUUCCUUUUAAUCCACCCCAGAACGAAUCAAUCUGCCCAGUAUUUACCUAUGGACCUUAAUUAUUGAACAAGACUCCAGAGGUAAUCCUAGGCACGUAAUUAGUUUGGGUGUGGAUUAAAAGCAAUUUUACUUGGAUGAAGUCGCUCAAUCACAUUUAUACACAAGUCUAAUACCCCCGCACUUUCUGGCCGCAGAGGGAUAGGGAAGGGUGCUUACCAGUCCCCAGGUAAAAAGUGAAACCAUUAGAAAGCAGUUUGCCUAUUUACAUUGGAUGGUUGCCAGGACACUCUUGACACCAUAACUACUACAGUGUGCUGUAGUUGUUCCAGUGCAUGGAGUAUUUUAUUAAAAAUGAAGGGGUCUGGUGUGUACCUCCUAAUGAUUUGUACACACUUUGUAAAGAUAUGGCCACUUUGGGGUUAGUAUUUUGGGCUGAGUUGUGCACUUUUGAAGUUAAAAUUAGUUAAAUUUUACUGGUUUCUUUCAUUCUAUUAACAGUAACAACCCCUGCAUGUUGGGCUAAGGUAACAUCCCCAGGACGUACUUGAAAACCAGAAUAAUCUGAAUGUACCUUUCCUGGUUAAAUACUUUAUUAUAUUCAAAGUUAUCAUGUCUCACACACCAUUUCUUUCAAGGUUGCAUAAAUCAAUUAACUCACACAAAAAUUGGGAAUUAUUUCUGGAAUUUGUAUUCUGAAUUCCUAUGGACCCUUCAGCCACUUAACUUUCUCCAGAGCCAGGCUCCCUCGGCGCUGGGGAACUCUCAUCCUCCUGCCGACAUCAGCGCCAUUCAAACUGCCCGUAGGAAAGCAUUUCUCAAUGCAUUCCUAUGGACGUCCAGCGUCUUAGUGAGAAGCGUGGAAGCGCCUCUAGUGGCUGUCAGUGAGACAGUCACUAGAGGCUGGAUUAACCCUCAGUGAAACAUGCUGCAUGGUUAACACUAGAUGGACCUGGCACCCAGACCACUUAAUUGAGCUGAAGUGGUCUGGGUGCCUAUAGGGGUCCUUUUUAGGAAGUGGGUAGCCAUCCAGUUAGAAAUAGCAGAAAGGCAAUUAGAGACACUAGUCAAGAGGGGCGGGGAGAGAUCAGGGGAGGAGAGAUAGAUUUGCAUGUCAUCCGCAUAGAAGAGAUAUUGGAAGUCAAAGGAGACAGUAUAGAUCGAGAACAGUAGUGGACCAAGGAGUGAACUUUGGGAUACACCAACACAGAGGGUGGGAGGAAGAGGCAGAGCCAAAGAAAGAGACACUAAAAGAGUGCUGGGCAAGGUAGGAGGAGCACCAGGAGGGAGCAAUAGCUCGUAGACAGAGAUUACGGAGGAUGAGAAGAAGCGGUUUAUGAUCAACAGUAUCGAGAGCAGUGGAAAGGUCAAGGAGAAUUAGGAGUAGUGACCAUGAGAUUUUGCAGCGAGUAGAUCGUUUGAUACUUUGGUCAGAGCCGUUUCCACAGAGUACUUAGCUCGGAAACCAGACUGAAGUGGGUCGAGCAGAGAGUUGGACUUGAGGAAGUCUGUCAAUCUCGCAUACACAAAUCUUUCAAGGAUCUUGGACGCAAAAGGCAGUAGCGAGAUAGGGUGGUAGUUGGACAAGGAGUUGGGGUCAAGGUUGGGCUUUAAGGUCCCAUGUUACCAAAUGCAUUAUCUCAUUGUUUACUAAACACUGUAGAAAAAUUCCAAAAAUCAUAACCACGACAAUUCUGUCAUCCUCCCAAAGCAGUCAAACCGUUUAAGAGUGGUUUGACAACUUACCCGGGCCCUGUGAAGGGGCACUAUGUGCGAUGUGUGGAUUUAUUGGGUUGCUAAUAUAAAGCAGUGAGAAAAAAAACAAAAGCAAUGGGCUUGAGAGUCUUUAAACACAAUCCAUGAUAUGAGAAUUCCAAUGUAGAAACUCUUUAUAAACCGCAAAGGUUCAUUCUUUUGUGGUCCUGUAGUGCACACUACGACAAUGGCAGGGACAUCGGAGAAAUAUCUCGGCAUGGUCUCUGCUUCCUAAACAGACUUAGCUGUUGCCGCCCAGAAGAAUAAGUGGCAGUGAGAGUGUCUUUCUAAAAGCAGCAGGAUAGCCAGUCCACACAAAUCAUCAGGGGAACAGAGGGCCAGAACAACUUCAUCCUACAGGCACCAGAACAGUGACACAGGUCAGCAAUGGAUCAGGUAUGGCAUAAAAUACCCUUGGAUUUUGCUGCCUGGCUGACACUAGCAGGUAUAGGUUACAUUAUAGUAUAGUCAUAGUAGUCGUUAUUUUAUGAUAAAGGUUAUCCUUUAUUUGCUCAUAAAUGAAACAAUAUUGUCAUUAGGUGAGAUGAGCAUGGCUCUCUUAGGAAUAAAGAAGAUUGGAAUUACUAGUGUCUCUCUAAGUAGUGUGUAGUAGUGUGUGUAUAUAAUAUAUAUUCUCCCAUUUCCCCUGUGUGUAACUUCUUAUUGUCAGCCACAAUUAUUUCCCAUGUUCCAAUUUUAGUUACCUUGUGUGUUUUAGCAAUGCUAUAGCCAGUAGAACUGUCAAGAAGCGAUAAGGUAACCAGAAUCUAUGAUUAUUAUUCUGCCAGGUGGGACAUAUUUCUGAUCACUAACAUCUGUUACUUUUCUGGUGUUCAUGGACAUAUAGCAACCCUAUAGGGUGGGUUUUUGAGAAUGGUUUAAUUCCGUAUAUGUGGGGAGGGGCCAUAAAAAUGUACCCUUGGGCUGAAGACCCUGAUUAUUUUGUCACUUAGGAAUCCCCCCUCCCCCAUCUCAGAUUCCUUUUCUUGUUAUCUCUUUCACUGUCUGUCAAUCAGACCUAUGUCCCUUCUCUCUAGCUUCAUAUUAGUUAUAAUCCCAUCUCGUCUCUCUUUAAAUUCUCUUUAUUUCCAGGUCUGUCAGUCUUUCAUUCUGUUUUAGCCUAAGAAUAGACCCAGAAAAUAAAAACGAUGAGGGAUAUCGUCACAAACUGGUAAUAAUAUAUACAUUACUAGUUAUUUUCCAGUUUACCAGUCUCUCUCUAGUCAUAGUGAAAUCCUAUUUCCUAUAUUUUCUUAGAUUUUUGUCUCUUGGUUUUUGUCCCAUUUUUAGAUUGUAAAUUAGUUUUGGGUAGAGCCCCCUUCACUUACUAUGCCAUUAUUAGUAUUAGUAUUAUUAUAUAGCGCCAUCAGAUUCCGUAGCGCUGUACAAAGGGACAUAUGGCAAACUUGUUUUGACAGAAUUAAUCUUUUAUCUUGGUUUGUUUAUUGUACAGCGUUCUGAAAUAUACAAUAAACGGGAGUUAGAGAGUAUAAGAAGGCAGGGAAUGUAAAUUAUGUAGAGGGCCAAGGAAUAGUAAGUUGGUUUUGAGGAUUCCGAAUGUGGUUAAUACUACUGAAAUUACCUCAAUUUAUAUAAAAAUACAUAAAAGGGUAUCAGAGCAACAUUUGACUCUCUGUUUUAUUUUUAAUUAUUAAAAAAUUAUGAUAAAAUGUUAUUUUGUACCAUCUUGGAGUUUCAUACAGAAAUUGAACAAUGAUUUAUAUCAUUAGCUUAUCCCUGUCCAAACGAAGUAUAAUAAAUACAGUAAAAUAUUAAAACAAAAUUUCACCAGAUGUUAUCCUAUACCGACCCAACACCAGUUUUUGAAAGAGCAAGUUUUCUGCUUUGAAACAAGUGGUCUCAUGCUGAUCGUUGAAUUUGUUGGGAUUGGGAAUCUUCUCUGUGAUUGUGUUAUUUAUGCAUAUUACGUUAUUAGGAGAUCAUGUCUGAUAUUGUGAUUGCACGGUGGCUAUCUUAGCUAGCAUAUAUCUCACAAUCUUGAUAUUACAUUCUCACCUUCAGUUUUAUUAUCCAGUUGCCAGGACUACAUUGUGGAUAUUGAUGCUCAGAUCAGUUCACCAAGAGAGAAUUGUAUUCCUGCUUUAUAGCAUUUUCUUUACCCAUCCUUGGCCAUGCCUCCUAUUAAACUAACCACUGCUUUUCUUUUUCUAACCCAGAAUCUAGUUUAUAGUCAAUCUAGCAGAAUAACCUAUGCAAUUAGGGGGUGAUCUAGUUGACUGAGAAGCUAUUUUGUGUGAAGGAUUGUUUUUACCUAGAUGUUGGUCAAAAGGGAAAAUAAUAAAAAAAAUAAAAAAAAGUCCCUCCUUGUGGACACAAUUGAGACUUUUUUUCUCCUCCUUGUUACACUUCACUAGGGAGUAAAAUUCUGUAUUUCUUCUGGCACCUUUUGAUCAUGAUGGCCGUAAAUGUAAGAUUGUACAUCCGGCUCAAUUAUUAUUUUUUUUUCCCCCUCUUAUUAAGAUAUAGCUAAAAACAGCUUGCAAAAGCUGCAGAUCUCUUGUCUGCUGCUUUUGCAAACCCUCCCCUUCUAACCCCAGUCAGACUUUCUGUGGCUGUCCAAUCAUAGACUUUCCAAUGCAGCUCCAUGAGAAGUCUUUGCAAGGCAGAUGCUCUGGGCAAUUGCUGCCUCUUGAGUUCAGUGCAUCUAAGCUAAACAAACCAGGAAUUAACAGGACCAGUUGUCCAAUUGACAGCCAGGCGGUGUAUCCAAAUUAAUUUAUAAAAUUGCAAAUUUCUAUUCAAAUCAGCACUUUUAUCUGAGCAAUCUCUGAAUCUUGGGUUUAUCUCCCCUGAGCAAAACAACCAGGAAGUAACAGGACUUGUCUAUGUAAAUCUGCACUGUGAUUGCCUGACAUCACUGUAGGAUCUCUUUAAGUGCUUUAUGGGUCUGGAGUGUCUCCUGAAAUCAUCACUGUAUGCAUGUUAUCUGCUUUGCCAGUAAUCUGCAAUGUAUCAUUCUUUGGGUGGCUUUUUCUUGGCUGGCUGUGUGAGCUUAAUCUCUGUAUCUACCGUACUUUAUCUUCGGCUGUCCCCAUGCUGUCCUUCGUGUGCCAAUAUAGGUCGUUGCUUACAUGUGACAAUUAAGUUCCCCCUUAUAGACUUAAGGAGCUAAAACCAUAUUCGCUCAACUUCCUCUGUGGGUAAGGGGCAAUUGUAUAAGUAGUAUGCUUGCAUCUUGGUCUCCAGUAAUUCCUAUGACAAUGUUUCCCACCAACUAUGUAUGUAGAAUUGGCAAGACAUUAAAAUGAAACUGUUAUCCAUAAAUCAUUCACAACAUUAAAACCACUGACAAGUAACGUGAAUAACAUUGAUUAUAUUGUUAUAAUGGCACCUGUCAAGGGAUGGGCUCUAUUAGGCAGCAAGUGAACAGUCAGUUCUUGAGUUUUGUGUGUUGGGCAAAUGAAAACCUCUGAGUGACUUUGACAUGGGUGAAAUAGUGAUAACUAGACCAACAUCUAGGUCAGAGCAUCUCCAAAAGGGCAAGCCUUGUAGGAUGUUCUUGGUAUGCAGCGGUAAGAACCUACCACAAGUAGCGCAUGGUAAGAGAACCGGUGACUUCAUUCUGCAUAUAUUGCAGCUGAGAAUGCAGUCACUUUGACCAAAUCGUAAACUGACAUGCCACAAUACAGAUUCUAUGGACCUCCACUUUUGUAGUCCGAUACUUUGCCCAUAUCAUGUUUUAGUUUUUUCAUCCAGGACCUUUGUUGUAUUGUUUAUAUUAACUAUUGUACAAAACAUUUGGCGUAUUUCACAAACCCUUUCAAGAUAACAUAUCCACUUGCAUCAUUUCACCAAUGGGGAAGAGUGAUCUAUUUACCUUAAAUCUCCCUCUGCAAAAUCAUCUUCCCCAUUACAUCCAUCUCCUGGCCCUGGUACAUGAUGUGAAUGAGAUAAUUGAUAUUUGAAUAGUUUAGAUGAGAUGCGUUUUGUUAAACGUUUGUCCCUGUUGGGAAAAAAAAAAAAAGUUAACGUUUACCUGUCUAAUCCAGUUAUUGACCGAGUAUAAAACAAAAUAAAUAAACCACCUAUACAUUUUCUUGCACAACGCUUCCCACCUGUAAAUCAUUUCUCGGCAAGAAGUCUGCCCUCCUACUCUGUCAUUGACUUCUAGUUCUUGUGGAGUGAAUAUAGUAACAGACUGCGGUCACUCCCUCUGUUCUAACUGACUUGGUGGCAAUAAAACCAAUUUAUCUGUCUAAUGGAAAAGCAUUGUCUUCCUUUGGAAAUGUCCUUAAGUAAGGCUGACCACAUCCAAAAGGGGCAAGAGCAAGGCAAUACCGGAGUGUGGCUGUUUUAUGACUGUGCUAGCAUGCUGAAGAAUGUGUAAUGAAAAAAGCACAAGGUCCUAAAGCUUUCCCCCUCUCUCUUAUCUACAAUAAAGGAUGUGUUUGAAAUUAUUUGUUUUGAUAUUUCGUUUGACUGUAUGUGUCACUGGGGUUAUUUCAUGGGUCUGGUGUUCUGAAUCGCUGAUUAUAUAUAAUAAAGUUUAACAAUACAAUAACUGCAUACUUAUAUAUUUGGAAAAACUCAAAAACAAAAAAAUAUUUGAAACAAUAAUUGCAUACUAAACCCAUACAUAUAAACAUAUUUAAUUGUUUUUAUAAGUUUUUUUUUUUUAAGCUGUGUUCCUAUGCCCCUUCUUCUAUUGUGCAAUGUGUAAUAUGGCUUUUAUGUGCAGCUCAUAUGUACAUGAGAGGAUUUUAUAUGCAGCAGGAGAACUUUGUAUUCAUCAAGGUUGCCCAAAAGGUAGAUCUCCAGAUUUUGUAGAACUACAGCUCCCAUUAAACUUUGUGUGUCUUUAGAAUGACAAAGCAUCAUGGAAGCUUUAGUUUAAAAACAUUUGGGGAUUUACCUUUUUGGGACCCCUACAAUACAUGUACCAACAGCUCUAUAUUUGGCUGCAAUGUCCAUGGAAUGUAUACACGUUCUUUUGCGGUAAAGUGUGCAAUGUAACACAUUGACGUUUUUUUUUGUCGUCCUGGUGGCCACUAGUAUAGCAGUAGGCAACCUUUGGCACUCCAGAUGUUGUAGACCACAUCUCCCAUGAUGCUUUGCUAGCAGUAUGGCUUUAAAAGCAUUAUGGGAGAUGUAGUGUGUAACAAUACAUCCUCACAGUCACCAUUGACCCUUUAAUGCGUUACGAGAGUACAUUGAGCGUGCCGUAAUGGCUAUACCAUGAAAGCCUUGGAUUCAGGUGAUUUGCCGUACGAACCAUUUGCGCAAGCGCGUCUCGUCUCCGCUGAGUUGGAUUGGAGAUGGCGGUGGCGGCGUUGGUUAAUUUAACGUAACGCGUUUAAACGUGAAAUUGACUUUGAAUUCGCAGCGAUGCCCCCUUCAGUAAGACCCCCAGGGCGGCGUGUUGGAUACAGUGAGAUUUAUUGGGAAUUUCACGUUUAGUUUUUUCACUCUGACCCUUUUAGUGACCCAGGGAGGGGGCUGUGAUCAGGGCUGGCUGGAAGCAGCCGUUGUGUUUUUGUUUUGUUUUUUACCCGCGGGAGAGGCGAUAAUUCGCGGCUAUUCACAGCCCCGCGAACUGCCUGGUUUGUUUACAGCUUCCCGUCCUCCCUCGCGUCGCCAUGGUAACCAGUCCCCCCUCCCCUAUCGGCCAGCCCAGCAGCGCCGCGCUCCUGCCUCACCUAUCAUGGCGGCGCGACGCGGCCGUGACGUCACGACGUGCCACUCGGCGGAGCAGAGGAGAGAGGGGGGGGCGGCGGCACGCGCUCGGCUGCUCUAACCGCAUUGUUUGUUUGAAAGGCGGAAUCCGGGCCGAGCUGCGGCGGCCGCGAGGACUCUCCGGGAGAGGGAGGGGCAGGAGGGAGCCGUGCAGGCAGCGAGCUAGCGGGGCCGGGGCUCGUUCCCUCACAGGGAGGGUCGGAGAGCCAUCGGCCGCCAUUAGCGGAUUCCCCGUCCUGUCAGCCGCUCCCAGCCCCGCGCGGGGGAGGUAAGGCCCUGCUCGCCGUGUCUGUCCGUGUCUGUGUGUCCCGGGGAGGGAGGGAGGGGGGUCGGCCGCUCUGUGUCUGUCUGUAUCUCUGUCUGUGUGUGAGGGCUUUGUGAGGCAGUUGUUUUGUCAGGCGCCAUGUUUGGCAGGGAGCCCGGCUGGGGGAGGGGGCCGCGCUAAGCGGGGGGCUCGGGGGGGCCCUUACCCAGCUCCCUGGAAGGGCCACCCAUUGAUUUGAACGGGCCCGGGAAAGUGGUGCAGUGACGUCAUGGGGGCGAGAGAGGGGGAGUGGGGGGGGGGGGGGGUUACACAUUAACCCCCAAACUACCGGGGGGCAACCCGUGACUGGCACCAGAGACCUUCACUGACUGCCACAAACUCAGGGCAUCUACCUACCUCCACAGACAGCUAACUACACCCCUACCUAACUCCACAGACAGCUAACCUACUAACUACACCCCUAACUACCUCCACAGACAGCUAACUACACCCCUAACUACCUCCACAGACGGCUAACUACACCCCUACCUACCUCCACACACAGCUAACCUGCUAACUACACCCCUACCUACCUCCACAGACAGCCAACCUGCUAACUACACCCCUACCUACCUCCACAGACAGCAACUACACCCCUACCUCCACACACAGCUAACCUGCUAACUACACCCCUACCUACCUCCACAGACAGCUAAACUACUGACUACACCCCUACCUACCUCCACAGACAGCUAACUACACCCCUACCUACCUCCACACACAGCUAACCUGCUAACUACACCCUACCUACCUCCACAGACAGCUAACCUACUAACUACACCCCUACCUACCUCCACAGACAGCUAACUAUACCCCUACCUACCUCCACACACAGCUAACCUGCUAACUACACCCCUACCUACCUCCACAGACAGCCAACCUGCUAACUACACCCCUACCUACCUCCACAGACAGCUAAACUACUGACUACACCCCUACCUACCUCCACAGACAGCUAAACUACUGACUACACCCCUACCUACCUCCACAGACAGCUAAACUAACUACACCCCUACCUACCUCCACAGACAGCUAACUACACCCCUACCUACCUCCACAGACAGCUAACUACACCCCUACCUACCUCCACAGACAGCUAACUACACACCUACCUCCACAGACAGCUAACCUACUAACUACACCCCUACCUACCUCCACAGACAGCUAACCUACUAACUACACCCCUACCUACCUCCACAGACAGCUAACCUACUAACUACACCCCUACCUACCUCCACAGACAGCUAACCUACUAACUACACCCCUACCUACCUCCACAGACAGCUAACCUACUAACUACACCCCUACCUACCUCCAGACAGCUAACCUACUAACUACACCCUACCUACCUCCACAGACAGCUAACCUACUAACUACACCCCUACCUACCUCCACAGACAGCUAACUACACCCAUAGCCACCUCUACAGACAGCUAACCUACCAACUACACCCAUGCAUACCUCCACAGUCAGCUAACCUACCAACUACACCCAUGCAUACCUCCACAGUCAGCUAACCUACCAACUACACCCAUGCAUACCUCCACAGUCAGCUAACCUACCAACUACACCCAUAUACCUCCACAGUCAGCUAACCUACUAACUACACCCCUACCUACCUCCACAGACAGCUAACCUACUAACUACACCCCUACCUACCUCCACAGACAGCUAACCUACUAACUACACCCCUACCUACCUCCACAGACAGCUAACCUACUAACUACACCCCUACCUACCUCCACAGACAGCUAACCUACUAACUACACCCCUACCUACCUCCACAGACAGCUAACCUACUAACUACACCCCUACCUACCUCCACAGACAGCUAACUACACCCAUAGCCACCUCUACAGACAGCUAACCUACCAACUACACCCAUGCAUACCUCCACAGUCAGCUAACCUACCAACUACACCCAUGCAUACCUCCACAGUCAGCUAACCUACCAACUACACCCAUGCAUACCUCCACAGUCAGCUAACCUACCAACUACACCCAUGCAUACCUCCACAGUCAGCUAACCUACUAACUACACCCAUACCUACCUCCACAGACAGCUAAAUUACUAACUACACUCCUACCUACCUCCACAGGCCGCUAACUACACCCAUACCUACCUCCACAGACAGCUAAACUACUAACUACACCCAUACCUACCUCCACAGACAGCUAAACUACUAACUACACCCAUAGCCACCUCUACAGGCAGCUAAACUACUAACUACACCCAUACCUACUUCCACAGACUGCUAACUACCCAUGGUGUACACAGAGAGCUAACCUGCUGAUACCAAUACCUACCUACACAGACCGCUAACUACAGCCAUAAUACCUACACAGGCAGCUGAACUACUAACUAUAUCCAUGUUUGCUAGCUACCUACACAAGCUGCUAAAUUAACCAUACCCAUGGUUUGAUGUUGAUAUAGCUACACGGAGAGCUAAUUGACUGUAACGAAUUAUCCUUGGUGUGAUCUCUAGCUACACAUAUAGCUAAACUCCUAAUGCUCUCUGUAUGUCUCUUUGUAUCUUUAUGUAUGCAAUUACACUUGUCAGAGGGUGACAAUAAUUAGUUCCUGCCUGAUUAUAGUAUGGGAUUAUUUAUUUAGAUUAUAGUAUGGGAUUAUUCUGUAUAUGUGUCUAAGUGUGUUAAAUACUUGAUUUUAAAAGCCACUGAGGAGUCAUUUGCACCAGAAACGGUCACUCACCUGUUCUUUAACAGGUAUGGGCUCAGAACAAUAAAAGAGAACUCACACAGACAUGGUUAGUUUACAUGGGGGGAGGGGUGUUUCUGCUUUCUAACUUCAUCCACUUCAAAGCUAAAUCUGGUUACCUACUUUCAGUGAUUGCUAUUCAUCUUUCUAAACAGUUUGCAUAACUUUCCUGUAUAAUUCAAUCUUCACUGGAAUUGUGUAACCAAUAUCUUGUAAGUUAUAUCAAGAGAAACUGCUAAAACUCUGCUUGUUAUUGUGAUAGCCUUUCGGAGGAAAAAAAAAAAAAUCAUGCUGAUGGGGAAGAGCGAGUGUUUCAUGUGCACUUUGUUCACACAAACCACAGAAACCAGUUCCCUACAUCAAUCUGUCCUGUGCCACCCUCCCCCUUUCCUUUACUUACAUCUUCCUAAACCACUGCUUUGCAUGUAGAUUGCACGCUUGGGCACUCACUGUGAGAUUGACUCCCCUCUGGGAAGUUAAAGGAGGAACUGCUGGAGGAGGGAAUAAUGUAUGAUCCACCUUUUCAUAGUGAAAUUACGUGGGUGGUUGUGAUUUAUUUCUUUUUAUUGUGGCUCAUAUUGCGUCUGUAACUGUGUUUAGUAAUCGUCUUAGUACUUUAACUCUUUUUACUUUUUGUUUUGAAGUACAAUAUCGAAAGCUGAAAACUCCAUCUUGCAGUGUCCUUUUAAUUGAAUUUAAGGGGUUUCCUUGUACAGUUUGUAGUAUUGUCCUGCACCAUGUGCCAGUCUGUCAGCUUUAGGGGGUGUGUAUAAAUGUGCACAAUUGGUGCUUGUAAACAUCUAGCAGCAGAGGAGCAGACCUGACAUAUUUAGUAAAGUCGUAGAAAGUAGUGUUUUGUUUUUUUCUUAAGGAAGUUUGUGUUAUGCAAGAUUUCUUGUCAGAAACACAAACUGUUUUUUUUUUGUUUUGUUUUUUUAUUACUCUUCCACCCCCAUUGCCAUCUGGCUUUCUUGUAAGAUUGCUAGACCUGUCUGAGUGUUUUGGUUACUCUCAAAGGACUUUCUAAUGCCAUGAACUGGUGUCCCCCAGGAUAGCAACAUGACACUCCCCCUCCCCCCUUUUUUUCAGUCCUUCUAAGAGACAAUAGAACACCUGAUUUGCUACAUAUCUAGAGACAAUUUCCAUUUAUUUUAACAUAUGAGGGACAAAUUAACACCCAGAAGGAGCAUGUCAUUAGUAAUAUACAUGGAUAAGAAAUUCUGUGGAGUAAAAUGUUUAAUACAGGAUAUAAACCACGGCACAAACUCUGAUCCAUGAAACAUUCAUUUUUAGGCUUUUUUUUUGUCCACCUAUUUAUUCUCUUAUUUGCUCCCCAAAAUUUUUUUUGCGUUCAUCUUUAAUUAUUUUAUUUUCCUGGUUCAUUUUUGUACCUUUCUUUCAGUUCACAAAUUUGUUACGUACACAUGUAUAAGAAAGGAGGUGUAGAGGUAAUAUUACUAAUUUUUCUUAAUUUGUAAAUAUUUGGUAAAACCAUCAAAAACAAAUUUAAAACAUUUGUUGGAAAUCAGAUUAUUUUGGCAUACUACAAAAAUAACAGAGAAUCUAAUCCGUGUUUUAUACCCCACCUUCUAUAGACUGUAAGCUCAUUUGAGCAGGGUCCUCUUCAAUCUAUUGUACCUGUAAGUUUUCUAGUAAUUGUCCUAUUUGUAGUUAAAUUCCCCCUCUAAUAAUAUUGUAAAGUGCUACAGAUCUGUUGGCACUAUAUAAAUGGCAGUAAUAAUAAUGUAAUAAACAUGGAAGAAACUGUUUUAUAUAUAAGAAAAUGGUGCAUGCGCACAAAACUGGUACAAAAGUAAACACAGCAACCCUAAGAGUUAUACAAGUGUUACCAUAAUCUAAUAAUAAAUAAUAAUCUACAAAUUAGGGAUAAACCAAUGUUGUUUUUUUUAUUUUUUUUAUUUUUUUUUAUUUUUUUUAGAGCCGAUAUCUGUGAACUCUCAGGCCGAUAACUUACCGACAGCGAUAAUCUGUACAUUUACCAUUUAAAAAAAUAAACUUUCUGCACAAAUCUACUGUUACCUGACCAUGUUUAUUAAUGUAUUUUUUUGCAAAUCUCUUUUAUUAAGGUAAAUGCAAAAAAUAUGCAGUGUGUGUAGUGUGUGUGUAUAUAUAAUGACUGCAUUGUGUAGGUAUAUUAAGUGUGUAAAAUGGGGGCAUUUUUGUUUUUUUACAUUUAAAAUUAUUUUUAUUUUUUUAUUUAAAAUUUUGUUUUGCUCCCCCCUCCUUGCGUCUUACCUGGCCAGGGAGGGGGUAUAUGGCAUUCCCUGGGGGGCCCUGCACACUCUUACUUACCUUCCCAGUAGCUCCCUUGUCAAACUCUUGCGGCCUGUGCCGUGCGGAGUGUUUCCAUGGUAAUCCGUGGCAACGCUUUGACGAUCGUGGGACUCUCAAGAGUUAGACAGGGGAGCUGCCCGGAAGGGAAGUGUGCUGGGCCCCCAGGACCCUGAUGUCGGCCCUGGUCUGCAUUAUCGGUAAUAUCGGUAUCUUUAUUGACCAAUACUGAUAUUGCUGAAAAUACACGCACAAAUACUGGAAAUACUUGGAAAUUCUGAUUAAAUAUUUAAAUUCUAGAACAAAAGUGUUUGCUUGUGCCUAGCUUAACCAGACUUCCAAACUUGGGAACCUUCUUUAGUUUCUGUUGCUCUCCCUGUACAUGUUUUGCUUAAUUUAUCUUGUCUUUGUAUUUAUUUAUUUUCUCUUUUAGGUCACCAAAAAUGAGGCGUAAAGGACGCUGGCACAGAGUUUCUGCACCACCCAGGACAUCUACAUCUCCGUGUAGUAUUAAACAUUCCCCCACUCGGGAAACCUUGACAUAUGCACAAGCCCAGAGAAUGGUUGAAAUAGAAAUAGAGGGUCGUCUGCACAGAAUUAGUAUUUUUGAUGCAUUAGACAUUAUUUCUGAUGAUGAUCUCACUGCUCAAGAAAUGACAGAAUGUAACAGCAAUAAAGAAAACAGCGAACAGCCACCACAGGUUUGUCUUCGGUCAAAAAGGCAUAAAGCUAGUAAUGGCAAAAAGAAAAGUGAAGUUCUUCCAACAGCACAUGGACAUGCUGCCACAAGUGUUCUCCCUGAGCCUAAAGUACGUGUCAUAGAAUGCAGCCCUCCAUCUGCUCCCAACAGGCCUGCAACCUACUACAAGUUUCAAGAAAAAUCUGCGGAAGAGCUGGACAAAGAAGUGGAAUAUGACAUGGAUGAAGAAGAUUACGCAUGGCUGGAAAUAAUAAAUGAGAGACGCAAAAGCGAUGGACUCUCUGUAGUUUCCCAAGACAUAUUUGAAUUCCUUAUGGACAGAUUUGAGAAAGAAUCAUACUGUGAAAAUCAAAAACAAGGUGACCAGCAGUCAUUAAUUGAUGAGGACGCAGUUUGUUGUAUCUGCAUGGAUGGGGAAUGUCAAAACAGUAAUGUUAUUUUGUUUUGUGAUAUGUGUAAUUUAGCUGUACAUCAGGAAUGUUAUGGAGUGCCAUACAUACCUGAGGGACAGUGGCUUUGUAGACAUUGUCUGCAGUCUCGUAAUAUGCCUAUUGAUUGCGUGCUGUGCCCAAACAAGGGAGGUGCCUUCAAAAAGACUGAUGACGAUCGCUGGGGACAUGUUGUUUGUGCUUUGUGGAUCCCAGAGGUUGGAUUUGCAAAUACAGUUUUUAUUGAACCGAUCGAUGGUGUAAGCAACAUUCCCCCAGCAAGGUGGAAACUAACUUGUUACCUCUGUAAGCAAAAAGGUGUUGGUGCCUGCAUCCAGUGCCAUAAGGCAAACUGUUACACUGCUUUCCAUGUGACUUGUGCUCAGAAAGCUGGACUUUACAUGAAAAUGGAACCUGUGAAAGAAGUCAACGGAAGUAUCACAACAUUUUCUGUUAAAAAGACUGCUUAUUGCGAUGCUCAUACACCUUCAGGGUGUGUGAGAAGGCCAUUAAAUAUAUAUGAAGAGCCAGAUUCGAAAAAUGGCAUCUGUAGAAAGGGUAGUGACCGGACAGUACGGUCAACUUCCAAACUUAGGAAAAGAGCAAAGAAAAUGAAGAAAGAAGAAGAAACAGAAGCUUGUGCAAUUGUACCCACAGUCAACGUACCAGAUAUUCCACCUCAGAGGUAAGGGGUAAAAUUGGCAAUAGCACUCUUCGAAUUUAAAUGUCUCGCUUUGUGUUUUCCAGUUCUGGCUUUUAGUCAAAACUAGAGAACAAAACAGGUUUAUUCUCUAAACAACCAAUUGUGAGUUGAAAACCUUACUGCAAAUUCAGGCUGAAAUAAAUUAUACCAAAGUUGGAUCAUUCUGUCAGAAAUGUACUAUUGUUGCUUAAAUAUUGCAGAUUAUCAAAUUUACUUCAGUUUAGUGAAUAAAGACUAGGAAUACAUUCUACUAUUAUAAACUAUUUGUUUCCCAGAAAGUGUGCCUUAACACGUCAGUAACUGUGUAUAUGCUACCACAGGGUGUGCACCUUUUGCCCAGGUCAGACAAUUACUUGGCCAAUCUUGAUGCACCUUUAAAUUUCUAUGGUAGGAGCUCGUCACAUAAAUUACAAGAUGUACAAUAUAGCUAUGUGAGUACGUGUAGGGACUUGUAGUUUAAUUGACCGCUUUGUACGAUAGAAAGCAAAAAGCUGAACUACAAUGUCCAGAAUACUUUGCUGUACAGCAUGUCUGUAACUCUUAUAACACAGGCUACUUGUACAUUUGGUAACACAGAUCUUAUACUGUAACUAACAGGAAAAUACUGCAAAUUGGAAGGGGAAGAUUUAACUUAAGAAAAUAUAUAUUUUUCUAAAAACAUAUAGCUGUAAUCAUACCUUCUCAUUGCACAUUCACCCGUGAGGGUGACUUGUUGGUGCCUUUGCAUUUUUAAUUUUUUUUUUAUGUCCUCUUCUGUGGUUGGGUAUUAGGUGAGCAGUAGGUACACUUGCCUCUAUGCCGGUCUCCUUAGCACUGGUAUUUUUAAAACAUUUUAUUUAAAGAGAUACUCCACUGACCAUUAAAACAUGCAUGUAUUUAAGUAUGCAUUUUUAAUAGAGGGUAUAUUGUAUAUUGAAAAAACGCUCUAAAAAAAGCUACGGUUCUCUUGUCUGCAGCAUUUGCAAGCCGUGCCCAGGCGUUCUGUGGUUUCCCAAUCAUACACAUCCCAAUGCAGCUCAAUGAAAAGUCUGUGCAAGGCACGUGCCUUGGGCAAUUGCUGCCUCUCGAGUUUAGCUCCACUGAUCUAAAAAAACAACAAGGAAGUAACAGGACCAGUUGUCUGACAGGGCGAGUAACAAGGUUAAUCUAUAUGCCAGUUGAAAUCUGCACCUUUUGAAAAAUGAAAAAGAGGACGUGUUUUCUUUUAUACAUGAGGUGCUUUAGGUUUUUGGAGUGUUCCUUUAAUCUUUAGAUUGAUCUGACUGCAUUCUGGGUUAUAUGGAACAUCUUGCUAUACAAUGGUCAUAGAAGAAUAAAGCCACAACAACUCUUCAUGUUUUAUAUAGGUUUCUUUGGGAUACCAGAUAGACAGAAGAAGAAAACCCCCAAAAACAAACCCAUUUAUACUUAACUGAUACAAAGGGACAAAUUAAUUGAAUACUGUAGCACUCACUGUCCCAGCAAAGUAACAAUAUUUUCUGCCCCAAGACUGCUUUUGUUCAAGGGAUUGAUUAUCCAAUACAACUCUCUAUUUGCAUUACAAAUGUUAUCCAAAAUGAACCAGUCAGAAGCUGGUAUAUGGUCAUGUCUUUAUUGCAAUGGUUCUGAGAGCAUACAUAUUAAUGGGACACUUUAGUGCUAGGAAAACAAAGCCCCCUCCACCAGGGUCCAGAAAUGGUUAAAGAAAACCUUUUGUCACUUGUUUCUAGCGCAGUGUUUCCCAACCCAGUCCUCAAGGCACACCUACCAGUCCAGGAUUUAGGGAUUACCCAGUUGUGUCUAAGGUGUUUUUUUCUUCUUUGUAAAAACACCUUAGACACAACUGGGUAAUCCCUAAAUCCUGGACUGGUAGGUGUGCCUUGAGGACUGGGUUGGGAAACACUGUUCUAGCGCACUGCCUCUGUCCCAUCCACUCUGACGUCAGCGGGAGGGAGGGUGGGGACUAAUGUGGCGAUCGCAUUAGGACUCUCCUCACAUAUAGGAAAGCAAUUGUAUAAUGCUUUUCUAUGGGUUUUGGGUGACUAGAUUUCCUCAUGCAUGACGUGAGGAUGUCCUGCGUCAGGCGACCAAAAGUCACGUAAACCACCCGGAAGUCUCUUUAGUGGCGGUCUAGUAGACAGCCAUUAGAGAUGGAGUUAACCCUGCAAUGUAAUUAUUGCAGUUUAUCAAAAACUGCAAUAAUUACAAUUGCAGUAUGAAAGGACCACUAUAGUGCCCUGAGGGAGCCCCCACCCUCAUGGUCCCCCUCCCGCCGGGCUCUGGGGAGAGGAAAGGGAUUAAAACUUACCUUUCUCCAGUGCCCGGCGGGGAGCUUUCCUCCUCCGAUCCUCCUCCUCUCCUCCCAUUCGGCUGAAUGCGCACGCGCGGCAAGAGCUGUGCGCACAUUCAGCCGGUCUCAUAGGAAAGCAUUUACAAUGCUUUCCUAUGGACGCUUGCGUGCUCUCAUUGUGAUUUUCACAGUGAGAAUCACGCAAGCGCCUCUAGCGGCUGUCAAUGAGACAGCCACUAGAGGAUUUGAGGGCUGGAUUAACCCAUUUAUAAACAUAGCAGUUUCUCUGAAACUGCUAUGUUUAUAAAAAAAAAAAUGGGUUAAUCCUAGAGGGACCAGGCACCCAGACCACUUCAUUAAGCUGUAAACCACCAUCUGGUCCCUUCUUGCCUCUAUAAAUAUAGUAAAAUCUUGCUUGAAUUUGUGUGUUCAGCUGCUGCCUCUGCCUGCUGUCUCCUCACAUCAUCAGAAGUGGUGGUCUGAGCCAAUCACAAUGCUUCCCCCAUAGGAUUGGCUGAGACUGUAAAGGAGGCAGAUCAGAGGUAGAGCCAGCACGAGUCAAACACAGCCUUGACAAAUUCACAUCUCCUCAUAGAGAUGAAUUGAUUCAAUGCAUCUCUAUGAGAAAAGUUCAGUAUCUGCAUGGCGAGAGUGGAGACCUUGAAUGGCAAUACUGCACAGUGAGGAAGCACCUCUAGCAGGCAUUUGAGGAGUGGCCAGUGGAGGUAUCACUAGGCUGUAAUGUAAACACUGCAUUUUCUCUGAAAAAGGUAGUGUUUACAUGAAAAUGCCUGAAGGUAAUGAGUUCACUCACCAGAACAAAUACAAUAAGCUGUUCUGGUGACUGUAUAGGGUCCCUUUAAGGGGACUGGGACACUGCACCUCGACUACUUGUUAAAGCGGCACCAUCAUGCCGAACUUGCCUUUCCUCAAUCUCUUCCUCUUCUCCCCCUCUCUCAGGAUCUGUUCUUCUUCUUUUCUUCCUGUCUUCUUUAGUUUUCUUUAAAAUCAGUAGGGACUCUUUGCCUUAUGGCGGUUUCCUCCGCUUGACCAGCUUUGGCCAGGGGAGGAGCAAAGUGUGUUUAAUUUCUGCUGGUCAGAGCAAUUUUCCCAUAAUUCUAACCUUUCCUCUGUGAUCUCUCGAUGCUUCCUGUCAUUUUAGACGAAACUGCCGAAUUGCGUUCUAACUGAGAACAGUGUGUUCGUUUGUUUGAGAACUCAAUUCGGCACAUUGUUCGUAUCGGAAUUUCAUUCGAAUGAAUGAAACUCCGAUUCAAUUUGUGCCACGGCUGCAUCGUGCAGCCGCUUAGUAGAUAACUCCCUAAUUCCCAUGGUAUCAGGGAGUUAUGUACUAAAAGGCUGAAAGACCUAAAUUGGUCUUUCAGCCACAUUUACUAAUACUAAAUAAAGAUUACUUAGUAUUAGUAAAUUCAACCUACUAACCACGCCCCUCCCCCUGCACGGUGGGUGGGGACAAUAAUACAAUAAAUGACGACGGGUGGGGGCCCUUAAUGACAAUGAGGGGGGACCUAUUGUCCAUCCCCCCGGCCCCUACUCCUGCGCGUGUAGUGGGGGCCCUAAAUAAGGAUAAGGGAGGGGGGCCUACUGUCCUUCCCCCGGCCCCCAUCCCUGAGCGGUGGGUGGGGACCCUAUAUAAGAAUGGUAGGGGGGGACCUACUGUCUGAGCGGUGGGUGGGGGCCCUAAAAAACAAUAAGGGGGGGACCUACUGUCCUUCCCCACCCCCGAGCAGCGGGUGGGGGCCCUAAAUGAAAAUUUCAGAGGAAGUGCCUCCAGUAGGUCCCCCCAUAUUGUUUUUUAGGUGGGUGGGGGCCCGGGGGUAGGACAGUAGGUCCCCCACCCCUUAUUGUUUUUUUAGGGCCCCUUUUUUUAUCUUGGCAAGCUUGGCAUACACUGUUUUUUGUCCCACCUGCUUGCCUUGAAAACCUUCGUUACAAAAAAAUUUAAAGCUUUGUUACAAAAUAAUUAUAUUGCUAAGCAUGCUCUUUUGCCUACUAACACUUUUAUAAGACCGUAGCUUUAUCCAAUAUAUCAGUUGGAUUAUACAUAUUAGCAUUGUAUAAUUAAUAUAUCUUCUUAUUAUUCAGGCUCUUAACAUAAUAUUCACCACAUAAAUGUAAGAUGCAUUAGAUUUUUUAUAUACCUUUUUCAGGUUAAUUUCAGGUCGCUAGGACUGCUCUCCUGAGGGGAAGAUAAGUGCAUCCCAGAUUAGGCAAAGAAAAAAAUAAAUACAGUGACAAUAUAUUUACAUACAAAUAUAUCAUUCUGAUCACAUCUAAAUAAAUCAGAUGAACUUUAUACUAAACAUUGUAAUCUCCAGCAAGUAUUAAACCUGUGCUGUAGGUCCCCAAUGCUCUUUCUUUUUAGUGCCAUUCCCCUCCACACACACUUUUCCCACUGUAAGGAGUCAAACCAUUUUCCUUUGGUUUUUUUCUUCUUAUAUGGAGUAAGCCAGGUGUCAGCUCCCACCUGCUUCAGACAAUAGGGCCAGAAGCUUCUGUAAAUUCUAUAUUAUUAUUUUUUUUUUAAUUUCAACAUAUUCUUCAUUGGCAUCCGAUGAGCAUAAUACCAAUGCUGUCGGGUUUGAAUUAUUGCUGCAUCGUUAAAAGAACACCAUACCGUUAAAAAUCAAAAUGUGUAUUCCUAAUACUAUAGUACACUGUUAGCAGUUUAGGUACCUUUCCUAUCGCCCGAUGGGAGGAUCUCAGCCAAUCCAAUGUUUUGCCAUAGGGAAGCAUUACAAGACCAGUGCCUAUGCACCUCAAAACUCAGCGCUGUGCCAAUCAGAUAAUCUGUGUAAGACUCCCUAAUAGAAAUGGCAGUGUUUCUUCUGCUAUUUCAGUGGAAGUGCCGCCAGUUGCUGUCACCUGCUGGAUGCAUUUAAACCCUGCAAUGUAAACAUUGCCCUUCCUGCUAAACAGUAGUGUUUUUACAUUACAUGGUUAAACUGGGAGUGACAUUAGACACAGACACAGUGGUUUGGGUGCCUAUAGUGUCCCUCCCCUGUCCCUCCCCCCCCCUUUCCCCCCAAACAUCUACUCAGCAUUAAAAUGCUAUUCUACAGUUCUGUGUUGUUGUUUUUUUUUUAUUCAUUCAGUUGGUCUGAAUUCCCUAUUCAGUAAUUACAUCCCUUACAAGUAGCUUGACUAACUACCAUCUGUAUAAUUUUUUACUGUAAGCAGGAGGAGGCUGGGAAAUAUGCUUUUCCAUUAAAAUAAUGUUUUUCUUCAACCGUAACCAUGACAAAUUUGUUGGCACAGUUUUUAUAAUGCUGACGUGUUUCAUGCUAAUGUGUUUAUUAGGGAGAGGUGUACCAUCAUGUUCAAAAGAUUGCAAGAAAAGAAAGGUUAAGGACUCAGCGCUUAUUGUUCCCAAUAGAAAGAUAUAUAUCCAAUAAUAAUUAGCUGCUAAACAUUCUCAUGACUCCUUCAAUGUCAUCAAUAAAUUCAAACAGUAGAAAGGAAAAAAGAUUCCUUAAAGAAUGUAGCGCUUGUAUAAUAAAUAAUAUACAAAAUAAUAAUACAAAAGACAAUCAUACAUAGUGCAGAUAGUAUAUAACUGUGCAAUUAUGUAUCUAUUUGUAUAUGGUGUUAACACCAUAUACAAAUAGAUACAUAAUUGCACAGUUAUAUACUAUCUGCACUAUGUAUGAUUGUCUUUUGUAGAUAAACCAUUUAUUGGACACCUGAACAAGGGGGAAAAAAAUCAUAUCUCGCCCAAUUAUCAAAAGGUGAUAGCAUAUUAUUUAUUAUACAAGCGCUACAUUCUUUAAGGAAUCUUUUUUUUCCUUUCUACUGUUUGAAUUCAUGUUCAAAAGAUGCCCAGUGUGUUCACUUGCAUUGGUUAUUAAUUUGCUGUGAGGGAUGGCUGGCUUAUUAAAAUAAAAAAAUAACAGUUACUUCUUCAGUGGCAAGUAUUUUUUAUCUUUAGUUCCUGAAUUGAUUACUUUUAUGUAAUGGGUAGUUAAUUAGCAGUUAUUUUGCUUCUGUGCAAUGUUAUGCUUUAAAGUGACGUUGAUAAUGCCUUAAAAUGCGUAAGAAAUGCUUAUUCCUCUUAGAGAAGACUGCUGCUGAUUUGCCUAGUGCAGAAUCCAGAAACUGGCUAUGAUCUCAGUCCUUGGUCUUCUAUUGCUCUCGGUAGAAUUUGUGUGGUGCUAAAUGAAUGAAUGAAUGAAUGACAAGUUUCUUGCACAAGUGAAUAUAAAUGGACAGCAGUUUUGUUUGUGCUUUUUGCUUUCUUUUGGUAAUAUAGAUGCUAUUUAUGGCAGGAUAGUGUUUUUUUGGAACUCCAUAUUUUCUUUUAUUAGAACUUGACCAGGGGAUUGUUUUGAACUUUCAGCUGUAGGUUGCUCACCAGUUAUUGGUGGUUCAGUAUGAGGCUGCGCGCAUAAUUUUCUUUUUUCUUUUUCCAAAUGGUAUCUGACUUCAACAACAAGUAGAUAUUUUUGUUCCUAUACAUUCUAUGGGAAGUGACUUUCUUCAAAAUAUGACAUGGUUAUUUUCUGGUAAUCGUUGAAUAGUAGAGUGGACUAAGGCAACACUAAUGUUAUUGCAGAGGACAGACUGCUAAAGGAAUGAAAAUUACCCAGAGAGGCCUUAGGCCAGGGCUUGACAAAUCCCAAGCGCCAGGUCGCCAUGACGACUAGGAAUUUUGUCCCAGCACCUGAAUAUUUGCCAGACUGUUCCCUCCUAGACGGGCGGCUAGCGAGGGAGUUGUAAUCUUGCUGGUCUUCUUGCUCUACUCCUUGUGUGCCCUGCAUUAAAGCCGGGAGACGGAAAUGACCUCAUGGCGCAUGAGGGGGAGCAGAGCAAAAUGUGGUUGAAGAUUACUGCAACCAGACUGGACCCCAGUGAAAGGAUCCCCACUAGACACCAGGAAAAGUGAUCCAUUCUACCUCUCCCAAAGCUUGGGAUGCUUGGUGGGCUUAAAUUGAAUUAAAACAAAAUAAUUUGUGAGUGUGUGAGAGAAUGUCAAUGAGUGUGUCUGUUUAGGUGACCUGCCUAAAGAAUGAGAAUGUUGUUUUCACUCCCUUUAUUCCCACAACGCGUUCGUAUGUCCGUGGCUGGCCCUGCCUACAUGGCUGAAGUAAUCAAGCUUGAUGAUAUCCAUAGGAAAGCAUUGGGAGGCUAUUGCACAUGUGUGGCAAAACGCUGCGCUGAUCAGCAUCUUCUCAUAGAGGUACAUUGAUUCAAGUGCUUCCAUGCAGAACGUGUAGACGCUGAAUGUAGGUGCUGCACACUGUGCAGCACUGAGAUAAGAAGCACUUUGGUGGCAGUCUGAGUGACUGUCACCUGAGAUGUUGCUAAGCAGUGUUUGCACUGAAAAGACUGCAGGGACAGGUUAUAGACACCAGUACCACUACAUUAAGCUGAAGUGGUUCUGGUGACUUAUAUCUUUUAAGAAUUGUAAUUUUGUUGUUGAAAAUAAAGCUUUGUUAGUUAAAAAAUAAAAAAAAAGUCUCUAACAUAUUUUGCUGGCUCCUAAAUUCAAACAAAAUGUGUCAAGCCGUAGGCCUUCCUAAGAAGUUGAAUUUUAAGGAUAUUCUUAAUGGUUAUGAGAAGGUGAAAGACUGAUGGGGGAGGGGGCAGGCUUUUCCCUAGGUAUGGCGUUUCAUCACAAAGCAUCAUUUGCUGAAACUGUGAACUUGGCAACUAAUUCAUAUUGCAAAAUGGGAAACUGAAAACUUUAAUUCUUUUCAUAGAAAGGAAAAUCUUAAUUUUAAAGUUUUUCCAAUAAAAAAAAAGAUAAAAUCUAAGCAAACCCCCUCUCCUUAUUCUGUCUUUACAUUUGCACAGAAAUUAGGAGGCUGUACUCUGCAUGUCUGCCAUCAGGGAACCCCUUUCUCUAGGAGUCUCGCUUGAAUUUAGCGUACGGCAAAUUAAUGUGUGCUGGGACAUAGGAGGGGAUCAGGCCGUGUGUGAGUGCAACCUGGAGAAAGAAAGCAAGAGCAUUGCACAGGCAAUCUGAGAAUGAACACAUUGUUUUUAUAUACAUCAAAUCAAGCAUAAAAUGUUGGGGACUUUUAACCUGUUAUGAGAAGUAAAUCUGUGCUUCUCAAACAGGGGCGUAUAUUACAGAGCUGUGUCUUAUAGCUAGAUUCACUAUAAAUGUGCUUGGUAACUUCACUUUAAAUGUGCUUGGUAACUGUAUUCCUGAAAUGAGUCUUGUUUUCAGUGUAUAAAUCUGUGUUUACAUAUUUCAGAGUUAACAAAAUAAUGAACCAGGUGUCUAUUCAACGGAAGAAGCAGUUCAUUGAGAGAGUGCACAGCUAUUGGCUGCUGAAACGCAUGUCAAGGAAUGGCAUUCCCUUAUUGAGACGGCUCCAGUCCAGUUUACAGUCACAGAGAAAUAUACAACAGGUAAAGCAAAUCUUAUUUUACCUUUGCUGAUAUGGGCUACAUUCUUAUAUAUUUGGAAAAGCUUUUCAAAUGAUCACUAUUUGCUAGAAAAACAUUUUUCAAAUGAUUUAUGUACAGGAUCACCAUUAAAGUCACUGGGAAUUUUUGUAGAUAAAUCAUUUGAAAUGUUUUUUUUGUUUUUUUUUGGUAACAUUUUUUAUGCUGCUUCAAAGAUUAAAUCAAGGCCAUUGUCUGUUGCAUUUUCUGUCAAUGCUAAAUUGCAGUAGGUUAAUAAAGGAGACUGGUAAUCCGUCUAACUUGUAGAUUUAUUUUUAAGAAUACAAUAUCUGAUUAGUGUGAAUUCUAAGAUAAUACAUAGACUUCAUAUUAUAGGCCAAAACAGUCAUGUUGAACAGUAAUCUUUCAAGUAACCUUGUUUUCAGUGUAGCUAUUAUGUUCUAAAAUUUGAAUUCACUUUGAGUUCCUAGUGAUUAAUACUUUAUUAAUUGAAUCUAACAGCUUCUGCUACACCAGGCAACUUUUGGUACUCCAGAUAUUGUUUGACUACAUGUCCCAUGAUGCUAGCAAAUAAUGAUGAUAUAUGUAGUCCACAUCAUCUGGAGUGCUGAAGGUUGACCGCCCCUGGUCAUCUUGUCAAUAAAGUUUUACAAAAAUGAUACAAAAAUUGGAGACAUAUCAAAGUGUUGCUGACACGUGUAAGGAUCAUUUUUGGUGCAAUUUUUGAAGUCUACCUCUCCUCCCCCUUACUGCUUUUUUUUUUUUUCUAUCUUGUGCUUUUUUUCAACCACACACAAUUUGAAUUUUUCCACCACUUUUUCGUACAGGAAAGUGUUCUUUCACUCCCACCGCUUAAUAAAUGUGAUAAAAAAAAAAAAUGAAGGAAUUGAACAAUUACAUUUCAAACCACUUUGAGAACUAUCCGCUGAUGUGCUUUCAUUUUGUUUAUUUUUUUUUUAACUUUCAUUCACAAAAUUAUAAUUUCUGCUAUUCGUAUAUUCUUUGGCAACAUUAUUGUGGCAGGUUAUUAUACAAACACAAAACUUUGCUUUUAAAGUUAAAAAACCUUGUAAAGAAAUAUAAUUUGUUCUGGUGCUGGGCCUGUCUUUGCAGAGCUCAGGUGGGCCAGCGUGAUAUCUUGCCUAGAAAGCUAGACUUAUGCUUUUAAAUUCACUAUACCUCUAUCUCACAGAGAGGGACAAUUCUGUUACAGCAGAAGCCUCUAUGUCAGGGGUGGGGAACCUUCGGCCCUCCAGAUGUUUUGGACUACAUUUCCCUUGAUGCUUUGCCAGCUGUAAGAGCAUUAUGGGAGAUGUAGUCCAAAACAUCUGGAGGGUCAAAGGUUCCCCACCCCUGCUCUACGUGAUUUUAUACACAAACACGGUGUUGAUAGUGUGAAUUAUGCUUCAGUUAGGCAUAUACGAGUUAAAACAUUUUACUCAUACAUGUAAUAUUGAGUCAGAAUUUCCACACAUCUCUACAAUUUAAUUACAUAUAUCUGUGAGAUGGAUAUUAAAGCAUUUCAUUUAACUGUUACACCAGCUGUGAUCUAAAAUUUUCAUUUGUCCCAUGUUCUGGUUGAUAUUUACUUUUCUCAUUAGAUUUAGCCUUAAACAAGUUUUGCUUACUUUGAUAACUACUGCAACAAUAUAGUCCCCCCCUCACUCCCAGCAUAAUGUAAUUGUAACAAAAUUAUAGCAUGGAGAAUGUAGCUAAAAUUAGCCAGGACAUUGUUUGUCUUGUGUUUGUGCUUUAUUACUGCCAGUCUGUAUCUAGUGUAAAUAUACUGAGAGUUCCUGCUGCUCAGAUAUUGGAAGCUUUCCAUGUGGAUUGUACAGUUUUGCCGGCUGAAUUUAGUUUAAACUUGUCUUCUGGUAAAUGUUCUUCUGACUAGAAUUUUGUAAAAAGGCAUUCUUAAAACAAUAACAAUUUCUGUAACACUGGAUUUUCCUAGAGGGAAGAUGAUGAAGAAGUACAGUCCUUGAAAAAGAAAUUAAAAUAUUGGCAACGGUUAAGGCAUGAUCUUGAAAGAGCGAGGUUAUUAAUUGAACUCAUACGAAAACGGGAAAAGCUAAAACGUGAACAGGUAAUGUUCUUCUUUUUGUUAAUACCAUUUUAUUUAGGACAACCCUCCCCCCAACAAUGUUUCUAUAUAUGCUGUGAAUUGAAUUCUAUUCUAUAGUUACUGUGACGAACGCCCCUUGGUCUGAUCGUUCGCCACAACGAUCUGCUAGCCAGCCUCCUGCCCCAGGACUAUGGGCCAUGGAAUUGGCUCAUAGAAAAGACUUGGUUCGUGGGAUUUAUUUGUUCUGUUCAGGAACCGAACAAAUUCACGAACUGCGGACCACCUCUGUGCUUGUUAACCUCUCCUGACACUUCUAUCAUCAUGUGUUCUAAUUGUGCUGCUGGGUGGCCACCAUUCGUAUUCACAAACCCGUGGGAACUGUCGGCGGCCAUCUUGUUCGCGAGAAUGCAGGCAGCGUUGUCUGAGGGCUGAUCACAUGGAACUCAAAUCAAACUUCCGAACAUCGCUGAACUUUGAACGCUUGCUUAUUCCCCACACAUGUCAGGAGAGCGCCAUUCGGUAGGUUUGUUCAUAUGAACCCGUCUAACAAGCGCUACCAACAAGCCAGAGUGUGCGUUCGGUAUUUCUUUUACAUGGAACUCUCGAAGUUGACCAGCAAAAGCACCAAACGCCGUGGAACUGUUUUGUGCAUAGGACCAUGUGUGCUGCCGGUCAGAAAUUUAUCCCGGUGGUGAUUCGGCUGUUUUUGUGGGAUCUGAGCGCUUUUCCAUUAUAUACUGGUCGCUCAGAUUGGAUUGGGUUAAUGAUUGAGGAGACCAUGAGAGAUAAGCAGUAAUGCUGGAAAAACUUAAAUAAAAUAAUUUUUAAUAAAAAUUUUUAAAAAUUGGGGCUAAACAUGAGAACAGGUACACUAAAGAUUUAGGAAUACAGGUUUUAUUCCUAAUGCUUUAGUGUUCCUUUAGGAAGCACCAAGUACCAUGAUCGUUUCAGUCUAUAGUUGAAGAUAUGAGGCUUUUAGAAUUUUGAAAGACUUCAACAUUUUUAAAAUAUGAAUAUUAUAUUUCAAGAAGAAAAUAAAAAAGUACAUGUCUUACUGCUAGAUGAAUAAAACCACAUGUUCAUUGUCUGACAUUUUGCUAAAUUGUCUUUUAUUAGCUUUCUGUUAAUUAUGUAUGUUGGUUGACUGACUGUAUUCUUUAUUGUGGGUAUUUUUAGGUUAAAGUUGAACAGGUAGCAAUGGAGCUCCAGCUAACACCGCUGACGGUCCUGCUACGCUCCCUUCUUGAACAACUUCAGGAGAAAGAUCCGGCUCGGAUAUUCGCUCAUCCUGUAAAUCUCACAGAGGUGAAGUACUUUUUAUUUUUUGACUAUUCCGGUGCCUUGGGUUGCAAAUAGGCCUGCCACAUUUUCUGGGUGCACAUCACUUAUGUAAACUGUUGGACAGGAUAUAAAAUGCUUCCCUGCAGCAUGUAGAAAUAAGUUGCAGACAGGGUAGUCGGUUAAUAUAUACUUAAGGCAAGCUACCCCUUGAUUUAAUUUCCCUUUUGCAGCAUAGGAAUGCCACAUAUUACAGAGCUGCAUUGUACCGGUACAAGCCUAUUUAUGGGGAAUGCACUUUAUAGUGUAUAAACAUUGAAAAAAAAACACCAUCCCUAAAAUGACACUUCUGUAUUAUAAAUAAUCUAUUUAAAAAUGCAGGGCUUCAUAUAGAGAAGCAUUGAGAGCAAUUAUUUUGUUUGACAACAGGGAUUUGGGGGAGCAACCCAUACACACUAUUAAAGAUUUCAAGAGAAAUUGGCACUUUUUUAUAAAGUGUAAAACAAGAGACAUUCUACUGACUGCUUCAGACAGCAAGCUCUUUACGGGUUUGGGGUCUUUCUUUAAUGCAGUCAAACUGCAGGGCAGUGAGGAAUAAAGAAAUAGCCCCAGUACAUUGAUUUAUUCACAAUUAACUUACCAGGAAAAUAGAAGUAAAUUGAAAAUGUUCCUCUCAGGUUCCAGAUUACUUGGAUCACAUUAAGCAUCCCAUGGACUUCUCUACCAUGAAGAGACAUCUAGAAGAUCAAAGAUACAAGAAUCUGAACGAGUUUGAAGAAGAUUUCAACUUAAUUAUUGAGAACUGCAUGAAAUACAAUGCCAAGGACACCAUGUUUUUCAGGGCUGCAGUGAGGUUACGAGAUCAAGGUGGGGUGUUACUGAGACAGGCUAGACGUGAAGCAAAUACUGUUGGUUUUGAUGAUGAGACAGGGAUGCAUUUACCCGAAAGACCAAAAAUUGAACCACCACCACAAUUUACAUGGGAAGAUGGUAAGUUGCAUGUUCCUGUUAGCAAGCCUAACACAUUUUUGGGUUGUUUCUUUUCCUCCCUAAAUUUAAUUACUCGAAAUCUAACUACUUUGAAAGAUUUUUUUUUUUUUUCCUGUACUAUUUGUGCCCAGAAGUCACAGAUCCUUGUUUCAAAUUUUUUUUUUUUUUUUUAAUCCACCGCUGCCAUUCUACCUCUCUGAUGUCCUGUUUUCUUGUGAAAGCACAGGUCAUGGGUCACCAGAGCAUCUGUUGCCAGUGUAGACCAUUUGUGAUACCAUUUGAAGUGCAAAUCUGUUUUGAGUGCCUGCUGUUUAUUUGAUAAUUUAUGUUAGGCAGAUAAAUGUAUUGUUAGAGUUAAAAAAAUGCUAUGCCAAAACCUUACAAAAUGACCAAGUCUUUGUACUAAUGUUAAAAAAUGGUCACUUCUCUGGAAUUUACACCAUUGAAUAAAACACUAAAAUCAUCUAACACCCUUCCCCCCCCCCCGAUUAAAUGUAUAAUAUUUACCCUCCCCCAUCCUUUAUAAAACUUAUAAGGUUUAGCAAAUAUAUCCUAUAUAGUUUUUUUUUUUAUUCACCCUAGUUUUAACCCCUUAACAACCUAGGACAGUUCAGGACAGUCAUCGGCAUUUUUGCGUUGCCGACUGUGAUGGUCUUGAACCGUCCUAAUGGUCUUAUGUACUUACCCGAUUGCCGUCGUUCCCCCAGCAGUGAUCAGCGGUGCUCCCUGCAGCCCAGGCAGUCUCCCCAGGGCGGAUUAGGACCCCUGUGGCCAUGUGAUCGCUCAACAGAGCGAUCACAUGGUCACAAUAGGUGUCAAUGUAUCUGCCUGCAGGGGGACUGCCUGUGCUGACAGGCAGUCUCUGUUAGUGUAAAAUCAUAAAAUUUCUUUAAAGGUUAACAUUAAUAAAAAAUAAUUAUAUAUUUGUGUGUAUGUAUGUGUGUCUGUGUGUAUGUGUGUGUGUGUGUAUAUAUGUAUGUAUAUGUGUGUGUAUGUGUGUGUAUGUGUGUGUAUAUAUAUAUAUAUAUAUAUAUAUAUAUAUAUAUAUUCUGUCUAUAUAUCAUAUAUAUGCCAUACUAAGUGUAUUUUUAUAUUAAUAUGUACUUAUAUUAAUAUAGAAAUACACUUAUAAUUAAAUUACACAAGUGUAUAUAAUUAUAUAUUGUGUAUAUAUAUUAUAAAAUACAAAUAAGUAAAUUAAAUUAAAAAUAAUAAAAAUUGUAAAAAAUUAUAUUAAAUUUUAUUCUAACUGUAUUUUGAUAUUAAAAUAUAUAUCAAAAUACACUUAGAAUGAAAUUGUAUAUAUAUCUAUGUAUAUAUAAAUAAAAAUAAUACGAAAUAUACAUAUGUCAACAUACAAAUUACAUAAAUAAUUAUAUAAAUAUACACGUAGACUUCAAAUAUAUAAAUAUGCAUAUAUAUUUAAAUUCUACGUGGGUGUUUAUGUAAUAUUUUUACAUAAUAAAGUAAUUUUAUUAAUUGCAAUUUGAGGGACCUGCCUGACAACCCAGGCCGAAAGUCCAGAGAGUUUAAUUUGCUAGCACUGUAUUUUACCCUGUAACUUUCUAUGACACCCUAAAACCUGUACAUGGGGGGUACCGUUUUACUCUGGAGACUUCGCUGAACACAAAUAUUAGUGAUUCAAAACAGUAAAACAUAUCACAGUGAUGAUAUUGUCAGUAAAAGUGACUUUUUUUUUCGCAUUUUCAAUGCACAAACAGCACUUUUACUGAUAUAAUUGUUGUGAUACGUUUUCCUGUUUUGAAACACUAAUAUUUGUGUUCAGCAAAGUCUCCCGAGUAUAACAGUACCCCCCAUGUACAGAUUUUAUAGCGUUUUUGAAAGUUACAGGGUCAAAUAUAUGGGUCAAAUAUUUUUACAUUGAAAAUGGCCAGGUUGGUUACGUUGCCUUUGAGAGCGUAUGGUAGCCCAGGAAUGAGAAUUACCCCCAUGAUGGCAUACCAUUUGCAAAAGAAGAUAACCCAAGGAAUUGCAAAUGGGAUAUGCCCAGUUUUUUUUUAGUAGCCACUUAGUCACAAACACUGGCCAAAAUUAGCAUUCAAUUUAGUUUUUUACUUUUUUCACACACAAACAAAUAUGAACGCUAACUUUGGCCAGUGUUUUCGACUAAGUGGCUACUAAAGACUGGACAUACCCCAUAUUGAAUACCCUGGGUUGUCUGCUUUAAAAAAAAAAAAUGUACAUGUGGGGUGUGAUUCAGAGAUUUAUGACAGAUAAGUGUUACAAUGUCACUACUGAUAAAUUUGGAAAAAUUUGUUUUGAAACCGCAAUAUCCUACUUGUACCCAUAGCCCUAUAACUUGCAAAAAAGCAUGUAAACACUGGGUAUUUUAAAACUCAAGACAAAAUUUUGAAUCUAUUUAGCAGGUUGUUUUUUUUUAUUCGCUUUUGUAGAUGAGUAAAAGAUUUUUCAAGUAAAAAUCAAAAAACAUGUAUUUUUUUUUUCAAUUUGUCAUAUUUUUUCAUUUUUUUUAAAAUUAAAUUACAUGAGAUUAUUUAAAUAAUGGUAUGUAAAGAACGCCUUUUUUGUCCUGAAAAAAACAAUGUAUAAUUUGUAUAGGAACAGUAAAUGAGAGCGCGGAAAAUUACAGCUAAACACAAACACUACAAAAGUGUUAAGAGGCCUGGUCCCAAAUGUACAACAUUGCAAAACAGACCAGUCCUUAAGGGGUUAAACCAUUCAAAAUAUCUCUCUCUCUCUCCCCCUCUCUCUCCCCCUCUCUCCUCCUCUCUCUCCCUCUCCCCCUCUCUCCCUCUCUCUCUCUCUCCCCCUCUCUCUCCCCCUCUCUCUCUCUCUCUCUCUCUCCCUCUCUCCUGUUGAGACAGUAGAUUAGAUCUAAAUACCUGUGUGUGUGUGUGUGUGUAAAAAUGUAUAUGUAUUCCCAUUGUAGAUACUUAGGUGACAACAUAUGUUGAUCAGUUCUUACCUUAGUGUUCUCUUUCGGAGCAGAUCCCAAAUGGCCACCAAUAUUUCCUCUAUUAUGUGUUUUUUCUUUUUUUUUCUUUUUUCUUCUUUUUUCUUGUAGCAUUAAUUUGGUUGGUUGAAGUGUGCCUUAAUGAAACCUGUUUGAGUAAUUGCACUUGAUGUUGUGCUUAAUUGUCCACUGAACCUUGCCUACGCCUGCAAAGAAAAAUAUAUUUUGUGUAUCCUUAAAGGAACACUAUAGUCACCUAAAUUACCUUAGCUAAAUGAACCAGUUUUAGUGUGUAGAUCAUUCCCCCUGCAAUUUCACUGUCAUUUAGGAGUUAAAUCACGUUUCUGUUUAUGCAGCCCUAGCCACACCUCCCCGGCUAUGAUUGACAGAGCCUGCAUGAAAAUAAAACUGGUUUCACUUUCAAACAGAUGUAAUUUACCUUAAAUAAUUGUAUCUCAAUCUCUAAAUUGAACUUUAAUCACAUACAGGAGGCUCUUGCAGGGUCUAGCAAGCUAUUAACAUAGCAGGGGAUAAGAAAAUCUUAAUUAAACAGAACUUGCAAUAAAGAAAGCCUAAAUAGGGCUCUCUUUACAGGAAGUGUUUAUGGAAGGCUGUGCAAGUCACAUGCAGGGAGGUGUGACUAGGGUUCAUAAACAAAGGGAUUUAACUCCUAAAUGGCAGAGGAUUGAGCAGUGAGACUGCAGGGGCAUGUUCUAUACACCAAAACUGCUUCAUUAAGCUAAAGUUGUUCAGGUGACUAUAGUGUCCCUUUAACAUAGUGUCCUUUCCCUAGUAGCUUAUAGUCAACAGUGCUAAUGUGGAUUGUUGGCUCUACAGCCAUGAAUGCAGAUAAUGUAGCCAAUAAUUGUUUCUCUCGUCUCUCUACAAAGCAUGUAUUAAGCCUCUGUUUGUGUUUAUGCAGUUGAUAAACUACUGAACCCGGAAAACAGAGUGAACAUGUCUUUAGAGGAGCAACUGAAAGAGCUUCUCGAAAAACUAGAUCUGACCUUUGCUAUGAAAUCCAGUGGAUCAAGAAGUAAACGAUUAAAGUUGUUGAAAAAGGAGAUCAAUAACGUACGUCAGAUGCUGUCUCAACAACAUGUCCAACCUCCCCAAAUAGAAUCAGGUAUCGGAAGCUUUGAAGAGGAGAAUGGAUCUAUAAUGGAAAAUGAUGGCGAAGAGGAUGGUAAGGAAAUGCACAUUGUGUGGUUUGUGUUGGUUAACGUGGAUCUGUCGCUUAAACAUGUGUUGACUUCUUUUAGAUAAACUUGUAAAAGGUAACCAUAACUCUGGCUUCUUCACUUCAGUGGGAUUCAUUUACCUAGGGACAAUAACUGCUUUAUAUACUCUAACCAGGAAUUUGUGGAGAAUGCAAAUGUUAGGCAAGCAUAGCCAAAUUGGAAAUCCUUUUCAACUUUACUAUUGUGAUCUAAAGCUUGCAAUUCUCUUUGUGGUUCUCCACAAUUCCUGAUUUACUUUGAAAAAAGAAGAGACCAAAGUCUGAAGAGAGGUUUUGGUCCCAGAAAAAGGAUAUCGAUUGGAUAUAGUGUAAUCUAAGAAUAUGAGAGCUCUGAAAAAUGGUAAAAUAUCAGCUAAAGAAGGAAUAAUUUUAUUCAUUUUUAAUAGACUAUUUUUCAUUUAUUUUUUACUUCUUUUAUCAGUCAUCAAUCAGAUUGUCCAGGUGUGUAGAAUGCUAGUGUGUACAAUAGGACUUGCAAUUUAAACUCCUGUGCCUGUAUCCUGGCUUUAAAAGUUACUGGAGGGUCCUUGGUAUAGUCACCUGGGGUAAAUGUCUACAUGCCAGGCCUGACUUUUAAGUUGCUUGUGGGACUUUCGAGCCAUGUUAUAUACAUAGUUUUCAAGUUUAGGUAUAAAUGCUUCUGUAGUGGCUCCUAAGCUGGAAUUGGUGCUAUUUGUAACAAUUUACUCUAUAAAGGGUUCAAUAUAUGAUGAACUCCGUGUAAAGAGAAAGUUGUGUUUUUGUUUUUUAUACUUGAAUUGUAUUUCAGAGGAAGGAAGAGAUAACCUCCUCUUUUGUCUGAAUCACUAAAGAUGCUAUUUAAAGCUAAUAGCUGCAAACUGUAGUACAUCCGUAUAUCUGAAUCAUUAGGAGGGCUGCUUAAAACUGAAAGCCCUGGGUCAAAAACCAAGUUGCUGGUGUUAUAAGCUUUUUACACAUACUGUACAUUUUAUCAGGGAGAUAACAAAAGGCACAGUUGUGCAAAAAGAAUAUUCUGCAAAAUGUAAAGAAAAAGGUUUGAGCUUGUUAAUGUUGGCACAGAGGGUUCAACAUGAUAGAAAUUAAACUUAAUAGCCUAAGAAUUCUUGCUAAACUCUCAAGUACUUUCUUGAAUAGUAGGCUCUUACUGGUUCAGAAGUGUUGGUCAGUCAAAGCAGGAAAUAGUUCUUCCAAAUCUUUCCAAUAUAUCAAAGCAAGCUGCUGACAAAUGGUGAGCAAACUCUAUAUUGGAGUGUGGGCAGGGAUAGAAAAUGCUUGAGCUAUGCAUGUUAUCGGCGUCAAUACAACACUAUCCUAAUUAGUAGGCAUGGCUAUCUUGCAAGUACAGCGAAUACUAAUACAAAAUAUGAAUCUAACCCCUUCAUGUUAACAUUGCCAAAAAGCCAGUAAGGUCCCGUAAAGUAGCGAUGUGCAAGUCAUGUGAUUAAUAGCUUUUGCUUCUCUACAUUUGGUGUUGAACCUGUGUAAACGAGUUUUACAUAUCAUACUUUUAAGUAUAAUAUAUAAAAGGCUUUGCAUAAAACAAACUUCUCGAAUAUUGAAAGCUAAUUUUGAAGGGUGCAUGUGUACGUUUAUGGUUCAAGCAGCCGUAAGAUUUGAAACUUGCCUCCUCACGCCGCCCAUAUUUAAAAAUCUUCUUGUUUCUUAGUUUUUAAUGUUGGCUGAUUAUUGAAACUUAGUAACAUCCUGAACUAGAUCUUAAAAACUUAGUCAUAACAUUUGAAUCCUGGUUAAUGAUUUGAUGCACUUUAGUGGGAUUUUACAACAAUCCACAUUUACUUGGCUGCUUUUUUUAUGUACUAAGAUGUGGUACUUGUUUCUUUGAGGAGCUAUUUGACCGAUAACAAUGCUUUUUUUUUUUUCCUGUAAAAUGUUCUUUGCUACCAUCAGCUUGUUAACCAUUCUAGUUACUGCAGCAUGGUUUUAUUUGUCCAAGAUGUUGGUCCAACUAAUCAGACUUUCUGACUUUUUUUGGGUUGAAUUAAGAUUUUGUUUGUUCCUGCUGUUAAGAUUACAGUAGAAAAGUUCAAGCAUAACCUUCCUUAUUUAAAAAAAUUAAAUAUCAUUUUUGUAAGCACUUUUUGUGCUGAAUUCAGCUUAGUCUCAAAUCUAGUAUAACUUUCUAUUUUGUCUAGAUUACACCUCUCUCAUUGUUUUCUGACAUGGAAAGUACAUGGCCAUUUAUCAUGGCAGCAUAUAUGAACUGCAGAACGUGUUGCAUUUAUCGUCCUGUUUUGUAAUUUUGCUUAUUUUACCGAUUAUUGCCUUGUAAAGUCAAUACCGGUCACAUUGCAGAACGUAAGAUUGCCAAAUUAUUCCCUGGUUUGUUGUGAAUUCUGUUGGUUAUAGCUUGAAAGAGGUACUGUAACAAGAUUUUCGUAUACAACCCAAUAGUUUACUGAAAGUUGACUCUUCGUUCUACUCCUUGUUCUAAAAUAAUCUCACAUUUGGUACUUGGUUUAUCCCAGUGAACUGCAAUAGCAUGUGACAAAACAAAAGGCCAGUUCUUCUUAAAAUGCUGCCUGGCUAUGUGUGGAUUCUAUAUGCACUGGGUGUAAAGUCUGUUAAAUGAUUUUCACCAUGUUUAGUGCAAUUGAACAUAACACCAGACAGCGCUUCAAAGUCCUGACUUUUACACUUUUUAUUUUUUAUUUUUAAUUAAAAUAAAAAAUUAUAUUCAUAUUUCAAAGUCAUGCAACAUGGCUAUCCCUAAUUGUCCUGGAAAUGUAUUAUCGAGAAAUACGUCUUGGACGUUACAAUUCUUGCCACUAAUAGGCAUUUGCUCUGUAGGUAUCUUUUAAAUUUCUAGAAUUUUUAGUUUUUUUUUUUUUUCUCCUCUUUAUUUUCUAUUUUUUGUUACUUUUGCAAUGACACCUCCACCGAUUAGAUUAGAUUAUGCUUCAUAUAAUUAAAGGCUAUUGCCGAGUUUCUACUUUUCACGUCUUUAUUAGUAUAGGAUCUUAUUUGUAGCUUUUGAGUGGUGAGCAUAUUGUGUGGCAAAUGCUCUAAAGUCUUCGUGGUAAAUUGAAGACAACUGGGAUCAAAAAGAGUCAUGUGUGAAUUAUUAGGAUUUUCUGUGGCCUAAAGUGUAUUCAUUGUGUAGCUCCCAGCACACAUUAUCUCUGUGAACCUGUUAAAGUAUUGUAUUUUUUUGUUCUUCAGUAAUAAGAGGCCUGUGUUUAGCAGCUGUUCCCUGGCAUCUCAUUGUUCCUAUUUCUUUUCUUACCAUAUGAAUGAAUACCAUAUGGUCGAGUCUUCUAGUUUUACCCAUUAAGGCAUUAGGGACCUUCGACAAUUAUUUUGAAUUCCUUUUUCUGAAAAUCUGCUUUUUGUAAAUCAAACAUACAAUUGGGUCAUUAAAUUAAUACAAGUACUUGAGGAAAUCACACAUUUGUCUUCCCAGUGACAUUGCCUUUCUAGGGCAGUGUAACGGUUUGUUCUUCAGCUUUGGGUAUCAUUUCUUCUUGUACAAUGCUAGGCUUUUUAGGUGCUUCUUUUCAUUAACUCUUUGCAGUAGUUCCUUACUGGUUUGUUUUUAUAUUCCAUACUAUACUUCUAUUCUAUUGCUUUUGAAACCUGGUUUGGUAUAUAAAAUUAGUGGUGGGUCCCAUCACCACCCCUUUUAUUUCUUUUUAGAGCGCUUUUGAGCACACUGAAGGCGGUCUUUUUUGUUGUCACUUUAAAUUUUGCAUACUUUAUAAGAAAAUUUACUUAAGCAUGUCUGUGCUUUUAUCUAAUCAAUAAAGGACUCUAGCGUUGGUUAUACAAAUCACACAGCACUUGGCUCUCUGUGUCUGGCUUCGCUUCCUUGCCUGAGAUCCUCAUAGAUAAUUAUAAUUUUAAUAACUAAUUUUGAAGUGUAUGUGGUACACUUAUGGUCCAAGCAGCCAUAAGAUUUACAACUUGCCUCCUAACACACCGCCCAUAUUUCAAAUCUCCUUGUUUCUUAGUGUUUAUUGAUUGGCUGAUCAUUAUCGAAACUUAGUAACAUUCGGAACUAUGUUACUAUCUCUAUCCAUUUUGAUCAUACUGGCAGAAAUGCAAAAUGUUAAAGGAACAUACAUCAGUUUGCGACAACUGGCUCAUUCAAAAGCUUUAGCUUUUAGCGAGACAGUUGCCAUAUUCUGCAGGCUGAAUUAUUUUUUUUUUCUUCCUAAUUUAUUAUUUUUUCAUCAUAUUUACCUGCUUCUUCUUAUGCUUUCCACACCAACUCCAGGGGGGAACACUGAUGUAACCAGUGUUCUAUCUCUAGGAAUGCUGGAAAAUUGCAUUGGGCAUGUCUGACAGAUUUAAACAUACAGCUGGAAGGUCUCUUCACACACAACACUCUGACAGGGGGAGAAUAGAGGAAGUCUGAUCAGGGUGAUCAUGCAGAGCAGGCUCCGCUGUCUGGUUUCUCUCUCCUAUUGCUGCACUUGUAUGCAACUAAGGUGGGUGGAGACAGAAAAAACUCCACUACCUAAGAAGCAUGUCCAUCAAUGCAAUCUGGCCAAGUUUAUAGUAUGUUUAUAAACAUUUAUUGCACACUCUUGAAAGGUGGGGUUUUUUUUUUUUUUUUAUUUUCUUCUUGCUUUCUUUUGGUUUGCUUGCUGGUUUAAUAAAAUAAUUGUAGAAGUCUUGCAUGUCCUUUUUAAUCUGCAUGAGACAGUCCUGAAACGGUCAACCCUCUUGCUGAUUCAUGCAUGGCAGUUUGAAGCGAAUGUAACGCAACAAAAUGGCAUGCACUACUAGUAUCCGCUAUUCCUCUUAUUAAAGCGGCACUGUCAUGCCGAAUCCCGUUUUUUUUUUUUUUUAACCCCCCUCCCGCCUCCACUACAUCCAAUUGACCCACUAGUCACCUCCAAAUGCCCCUAAGCCCCCCACAUUACCUAUUUUUUAAUCCUUAUUUUCUGCCCCGAUCUUGAUUCAGGGCGCCGCCAUCUUUGUGGGGGUAGAUGAAGUCCCUGUGGGACACGUCAUCAGCCCACACUAGAUAGACUGUGAGAUUCCCGCACAUGCCCAGUGAAACACCUGGACAUGCGAACGGGAAUUUAAUCUAUUCAUUCAUUCAUCAGACAGACGAAUGAGUGAAUAGAAAGAUCAGCCGAACAAACUAACACUGUGUAUCAGUGUAUCUGAGUAUCAGUGUUAGUUUGUUCGUGCAGGUUAUUACAAGGAGGGAGCUACCGGCGUGCAGCUCCCUCCUUGUAAUAUGUAACUAUAGAAGCGGCAGGGAGCAGUGCUCCCCACCACUUCAUAAGCCCCCCCAGGUCCCCCUCUCACUCUAUAGGGGUCAAUAUGACCCCCAUAAUAGCACAAGGGAGAUUAAAAUCUCCCAAAUGCCCCUGCUCGCUAUACCGCGAGUAGGGGCAUGUCUACUAAACAGUGAGCAGCCUGUGGCUGCUCACUGUCGAAAAAAGACAUAAAUUACAAUAAGGGGGGGCGGACCUAUUGUCCUCCCCCCCUCCCCCACCCUGAGCGGCGGGUGGGGGCCAUAAAGAUAAUGGGGGGGGACCUACUGUCCUCCCCCCCCCGGCCCCCACCCCUGAGCGGUGGGUGGGGGCCCUAAUAAAACAAUAAGGGGGGGGACCUACUGUCCUCCCCCCCUGGCCCCCACCCCUGAGCGGUGGGUGGGGGCCCUUAUAAAACAAUAAGGGGGGGACCUACUGUCCUCCCCCCCUGGCCCCCACCCCUGAGCGGUGGGUGGGGGCCCUAAUAAAACAAUAAGGGGGGGGGACCUACUGUCCUCCCCCCCUGGCCCCCACCCCUGCGCGGUGGGUGGGGGCCCCAAUAAAACAAUAAGGGGGGGGACCUACUGUCCUGGCCCCCACUCCUGAGCGGUGGGUGGGGGCCCCAGUAAAACAAUAAGGAGGGGGCCUACUGUCCUCCCUCCUUGGCCCCCACCCCUGAGCGGUGGGUGGGGGCCCUAAUAAAACAAUAAGGGGGGGGGACCUACUGUCCUCCCUCCCCCCCGGCCCCCACCCCUGAGUGGUGGGUGGGGGCCCUAAAUGAAACACCCCCCCAAUCAAGGUGACUAGGGGUCCCAAGCCCCUAGUCACCCCCACCCAAAAAAACCUAUCCCCUACCUACCCCCCUCACCCUAAAAAUAGUGAGGGGGAAUAAAAUAACUAACCUGUAAAAAAAAAAAAUUAAACUUACCAUUUGACGUCUUUUUUUUUUUCUAAAAUCUUCUUUCUUUAUUGUUUUAUUGCUCUGACCAGCGGAAAUGAAGCACACUUUGCUCCUCCGCUGGUCAGAGCUGGUCAAGCGGAGGAAUCCUCCAUAAGGCAAAGAGUCCCUUCUUUGUCUUAUGAUUUUAAAGAAAACUAAAGAAGACAGGAAGAAAAGAAUAACAGAUCCUGAGAGAGGGGGAGAAGAGGAAGAGAUUGAGGAAAGGUAAGUUCGGCAUGACAGUGCUGCUUUAAGCAAUGCUUUUUGUGCAGACUUUUCAGGAAGCCAUCUCUAUGCACUGGGGCUUUAUGGGAGUGCCGUACAAAUUAACUGUCUAGCAGAAAAGCUAAUACACAGUAGCAGUUUAGGCUGUGUCUUCAUGAUCCAAUACUUUAUCAGGGCACAUGACUCUGGAGAAUCAAAAUAAGUCCCAGCUGGUCAUUUUCUAUACAGUGUAAAUCCAUUCUUUAAAGGGACACUAUAGUCACCAGAACAACUACAGCUUAUUUUAUUUGUUCUGGUGAGUGAAAUCAUUACCUUCAGGCUUUUUGCUGUAAACACUGUCUUUUCAAAGAAAAUGCAGUGUUUACAUUACAGCCUAGUGGUAACUUCACUGGCCACUCCUCAGAUGGCUGCUAGAGCUGCUUCCUAUCUCAGUCUUGCCUAGUGUACAUCACAACAUAUCAGUAUCUCCUCCCUUUGCAUGGAGACACUGAACUUUCCUCAUAGAGAUUAAUUGAUUAAAUUAAUCUCUUUAUGAGGAGAUGCUGAUUGGCCAAGGCUGUGUUUGACUUGUGCUGGCUCUGCCCUGGAUCUGCCUCCAUCACAGUCUGUCAAUACUAUGGGGAAGCAUUGUGAUUGGCUCAGAACAAUACUUCUGAUGAUGUCAGCAGACAGCUUUCUAUUCUGAGGCAGACAUGGGGCAGAGCCAGCAGCUUCAGGCUUGAACACAUGUAGGAUUUUACUAUAUUUAGGGAGGCAAGAGAGGGCCAGUGGGGCUAGAUGGUGGUUUUAGCACUAUAGGGUCAGACAUAUGUUUGUGUUCCUGACCCUAUAGUGCUCCUUUAAUGUCACACACAUUAUACCAAACAUUUUGAGCAGUUCAUCUUUCUUUCCCCCCCAACCCUUUACUUGUGAACACUAAUUCAAUUGCGAACUACAAAGAAGAGAGGAGAGUACAAUUGAGAAUGUAUGGCUGUGGUUUUAUCCUGUUUUCUGCUUAGUAGUUACAAAGAAUGAAUUGGUGCUUACAUACUGUACAGCAUGAACCUGCAUUGAGGGAUUAUAAACUGAGAUAUGGAGAAUUACAUUUACCAUUCUCUGCAACCCCCCCUCAGUGCUACCAAGUGCUGUAGUGGGAUCUGAGAGUUUUACUGUUGCAGCGCUGAGUCAGUAACUUAUACGAAUCUUAUACGAAUCUAAAUAUGGAAUCCCUUCCCAAUUAUUACAUAUGAAAACUUGCUAUGACAAGUGUUGUGACUCCCUGGAUUUUAAAUCUUCCCCCUUUGAAGUUAAAAAGUAACCGUUCUUUAAAACACAACUCUAUAGUUGUACUGAACCGAAAAAAGAUUGCGGUUUAUAUACUUAGGUUUUAGAUAACAUCAUUUGACAGCUCAUCUUUUAGAUGUAACCAUCACCAUGUCUAUUUGCCAUUCUUUUAUAAUCCGGUACACACUCUCCAAGCUGGAAAGAUGCCUAUUUAGGAAUAUUUUAAAUUUGCACUGUUUCCACCAACCACUGCUGUACAAUGUAAGGGGUAGAACUGCAAUAAUCAUAAAAUUAAAUGUUAAAAUUUUGGGGGGGAAUGCAUUGAACUAAAUAGUGCUUUCACUAAACACACAUCCUUAAUGAAUAUUUUGUAUAGGGGUUUGUUUAAGAAUUCCUACAUAAAGAGGAUACACCAAACCUGUUAAUGCUAGAAUUGGAAUUUAAGCUUACAUUUGAGUUUCGUAUCUGUCUGUUUAAGAAAUACAUAACUUUUAUAGUUUAGAUUUGUUACGUAGAUUUUUUUUAAUUUUUUAAAUACAGUUUUCAAAAAUGGCACUUUUAUUUAUAAUUUUUUCAGGAGAUAAAUCUCCCCCUAAACUUGAACCAUCUGAUGCAUUACCUCUACCUUCAAACUCGGAGACUAAUUCAGAACCACCAACCCUCAAACCAAUAGAACUCAAUCCCGAGCAAAGUAAACUUUACAAAAGAGUCACAUUUGAUAAUGAAUUACAUAGUACCACUGUCCAGAAUGAAAUGCUAAAUGGACACAAUCCAGAACAUUUACUUAAGGACAGUAAUCUCACUGAGUCGUCAGAUUCUGAAGUAGCGGAAUCAUCAGCUGAUGUAAACAGACGUACAUCCAUUCUCUUCCGCAAAUCAAAAAGUGUAAGCCCCCAAAAGCCUGCAAAGAACGCUGAAACUCAGCCAACUUCUCCACAGCUAGGGACCAAAACCUUUUUGUCUGUAGUCCUUCCAAGGUUGGAGACACUCCUGCAGCCAAGGAAAAGAUCGCGGAGCACGUGUGCAGAUUCAGAAGCAGAUGAGGAGUCCCCUGUAAAGCGUUUGGAUACAGGUAAAUACAUUCAUUUAUUUCAUGUACAUAAGUUAAGCAUGAACAUGAUAUCAUGGAUACUGUAAUUUUAACACAGUUUAUAAAGCUGGUUAUAAAUAUGUAAUUUUACUCACAGAUCCAUUUAAUAUAUUGAUGUCUAUUUAUAGACAGUGUCCAUGAUGUCUCUCAUUUUUAUUUCUGCAUUUCCUAGUUAUGCCUGGAAAGUUGAAUAUUCCUUGUAAACAUUUACACAUUUGAUUUCUAGCUUUUUACUUUUUUAAUUUGAUUUCUAAUAUUAUUAAGGCAGUUGUAUUAAAACCAGUAGUAGGAGUUCUCAUUUAUCACUUACAUUUCAUGUUAAUUUGACUUGAGCAUCACGAUGUGUUCUAGAUCUUCACUAAAGAACAGUCACCCCCUUCAAAAUACUAUUGCAUACAAACUUUGUAAUUGUGCUAAAUUUAGUUUAAACUUGGCGAAUCACAAGUGAAAAAUCCAGAAAACGCAGAGCCCGUUUUGGUGUGUGGUUUUCUUUUUCUUUUUUAUUUCACUUAACAGCAUAUAUGUGUUCCCAUUUUUAAAGCCAUUAGGAAGUCAGAUAAUUUCUUUACAGCGGACCAUCUCUUAAUUAAAAUACUUUUAUUUCCUUUCAACUGCAAGUCUUAUUUAAAAUUUAAAAUCAAUGAAAACCAAUCUGAAAUUAAAAUAAAAUGCUUAACCAUUGUAUCAUAUAUAAUAAAUAUAUUAUAGGUAGUGAUGUCCCAAACUGUUCGCCGCGGACGGCGAACAUAUGUCCCAGACCCUCCCACCUCGUGGACAGCAUCCAUUUUACAUUCAUUGUGAAGCUGCAUUCUUAGUGAGCUGUCCAGGAGGUGGGAGGGAGGGUCUGCUGCUGAUUGGCUGGAAUGUGUCUGCUGACUGUGAGGUACAGGGUCAAAGUUUACUCAAUGAUGACGAAUAGUGGGCGGACUGAACAGCGCAUAUGUUCGCCGUCCGUGGCAUCACUAAUUAUAGGGAUACUCUAAACACCAAAACAACUUUUAACUUAAUGAAAUGAUUUUAUUGUAUAGAUUGUGGCUUUACAAUCUCACUGCUUUUGGUGCUUAGUGUCUAUUUAAUUCUAGAUUUAAACAUAUGUUUACAUAAUACUUUAAAUAUUUGACUGUAAAAAUACACAUUUCUGUAUUAUCAUUGUCUUUAAGACCCCACUUCUUCUAUUAGGAGCAAUAUUGCAGUUAUGUGCGGCCACUACCUUUGAUCAUGUCUAAUGUUGUUUUUUUCUUCUCUCAAUUGGUUGAGGUCUUGUGUGGGAUUUUUUUUUUUUUUUUCCUACCAGAAUUGAAUUCUCUGUAUGUUAGCUAGUAUGUAUCAGUAUCUGACCACUUGCUAUUAUAUAGAAAAACAUGUUGCAGUUGAAUAGGCAGAAAUGGUGCAAAUAUGGUGUCGUUAUUCGCAAAUUGAUACAGAAAUAUUUUGGUAGUCUUGUACUUUGUUGUAGAGAUGAAAUCUCAAGUCUUCCCAGACCUGUUAGUUAGAUUGUGCCUGCAUAAAGUUAGCACUGUUCCACAUAUUACUCUGCUUUUAACACCAUGUUGAUCUAGUUAAAUUUCCAGCAUUUUUAAGGUAGUGCUAUAGGAAGCAGGGUUUUUACUCAAGAGAAGUUGCAUUGGUUUUUGAGCAGCUGCUGUGAUUUUGUCAUGUUAAUCUAAGUUUGCAAUUGGUGUACUUAUCAUUUCCCCCCUACCCCUUUAUGUGAAUGUGCCAAUUCUUAAACACUUAUAAAUUGGCAAUACCAACGGUCGCAUGGCUGUUUCUUGGUGGAGCCAGAUGACUUGUCUGUAAAAUAUUGCCAGUAGGCUUAAGAAAACCAUUUUGUCGGGUGGCAAUGAACCAUUUCUGUUUUAGUAUACAUGUAAAUGAACUCUGUCUAUAUAGGAAGCUGUCUCGAUUCACUGCUGCCUGCACAUACAUGCUGGACUUCAUGUGACAUCUGACAUUGAGCCUUGGGAAGCAUUACUAUUCCCCUUGGUACAAAAAGCUUGAGAAAGCAAAAUGAUUAAGCCACUUACCAUGAAUUCACAAUCUUUAAGUUGUGUAAAGUUGGCUUCCCUCAAUAGUUCAUACCUACUCAUUUUGAACAUGCAUAAUUAAAUUAAGUCAAAUUUUUUUGUACUUUUUUUUUGUAUUAGGUUUACGAUAGCUUUCUUUUAAUGUAAUAUUAUGGAAACCUUCAUAUGCACUAUGCUGUUUAAAAUGCUAUGUAACAUGUAGCAAUGUUAGUAGGAUCUGUGUAGUGUGAUGGCCCCUCCAAAUCAAAGAAGACUACAAAUACUAGCCAUUUCCAAUCCACCGUUACUCCUUUGCUGUUGGAUAUUAAAAGGAUACUCUAGUCACCCAGACCACUUCAUCUCAUUGAAGUGGUUUGGGUGCACUGUCCCUGUCACACUUAGUCCUGCAUUGUAAAACAUUGCCGUUUUUGAGAUUGCAGUACGAAGACUGCUUCUAGUGACCGUUUACUAGACAGCCACUUGAUGCGCUUCCAGAAUUUGAAAGAAAUUUACGUAGCCUAACUGACAGUGGACAUCUUCACGUUCUGCAGCAUCUGUGAAAACCCAAAUAGAAAAGCAUUGAUUUGAUGUUUUAUGUGGAGGGCAUAUACCGCUCGCCACGCAUGCACAUUAGCCACCUGCUGGAUGACGUUUGAAGAGGCGCUGAGGGACAUUGGUGCUGGAAUCGAGUAAUUGUAGACAGUACUGUAUUGGCUUUGUGCUGAGACGAAUAGUACAAUAAAUAUCUAAAAGUGGAUAACCACUUAUAAAUAUUUGGAAGGUGAUUUACAAAACCGCAAAAAGUUUAUGUAUAAAAUACAGUUAUGGGCCCAUGUUUUAUAAUGAAGAGAAAAAUGACAUGUUGUGCUGGGUCAGUACUCUUGGACAACUCUGACUCAAGAUUUCUUCGUACUUUGAAAUGUAUGUGAACAGACUCAUGGCACCGACACAACUGCAUUAAUAGGCCUUGAUCUCUUAUUCAUGCUGCAUUUUUUUCACAUUACAAUCUAGUUAACCGUAAAAAUAGUUUUCCCAAUUUUAGCCCCUUAUUAGCCUAUUUAUAUUCACUUGUAUUAUUGCCUGGAGUGUCUCUUUAAAUUAAUAUUUGCAGUCAAGGUGCUGUUAUGGACUCUGUUUGAUUUGGUGCUUUGAAACCUAAAAUUGGUGGCAUGGGACUCGGAAUUAUUUGCUAAAUUCCUAAAAGGCAUAAUUUUAAGGAAAAAGUGCAGAUGUGUAUUUUUUCUUCUUAACUUUCAAAUCUCCAACUUUGCUUUAGUUGAUGCUUGGCUAUUUUAGCUUAAAUCUUAAUUUGGUUUUCAGUUACCUGCAGUUGGAUGUUUAGAGAAUAUAGACAGUUAUGUCUAAAGCAAUUUAAACUGUGAAAUGUUUCUCUUCUAACAUGUAAUAUGUUUAAGAAUGUAACACUUGAGUUUCGUAUUUGUUCAGAGAUUGGAAUAGGACAUACAAAAAAUAUUAUUAAAGGGACACUCUGGGCACAAAUACAACUAAAAUGCAUUUGAAAAGUUUUUGGCUUCAUUAAUUUGCCGUAUUUUUUUGCUUGCUCAUACCUUGAUAGUUUUUGCAAAAACAAUAAAUGUUUUGCAGAAUACUGCAUCAUAAGCUUGCUUUCUUAGCCAAACUCGUUCAUACCGGAAAUACUUCCUUAUCAAAUAUCUGCACACACAGGUCAGCCACUGACAGCACUGAGUGAUCUAAACUGCAAAGCAACCAGCAUUCAAAUAUUAGGAGAGAACACUCAGAGAGACAUUAAGGAUAUCACUACCUGUUAGUAGUUUCUCGGUCUGCAGCCAGAUUGAGCUUAAAAGCCACUCACUCAGUGCUGUUGAGGGCUGGACUGUUGAGAUACACAGAUGAGGAAGUCUUUCUGGCAUGACUGGGUGAGGUUUGUGGUACACUUGCAUGCAAAAAAUAAAGUGCAUUAAAGGAACACUAUAGGGUCAGGAAUACAAACAUGUAUUCCUGAACCUAUAAUUUUAAAAACAUGAUCUAGCCUCUCUGCUUCCCCUUGCCCCCCCAUAAAUAUAGUGAAAUCUUACCUUUAUUCCAGACUGCUGGUACUGGCUCUGCCCCUGACCUGCCUGCUUGGCUGAAAUCAUCAGAAGUGGUGUUCCUAGCCAGUUACAAUGCUUUCCCUUUGGAAAGCAUUGGGUUGGCUGAGAUUGUGAAGGAGGCAGAUCAGGGGCAGAGCCAGCACAAGUCAAACCUAGUCCUGGUCAGUCAGCAUCUCCUCAUAGAAUCAAUGCAUCUCUAUGAGGAAAGUGCAGUGUCUCCAUGCAGAGGGUGCAGUGGAGGUGUCCCUAGGCUGUAAUGUAAUCUAAUCACUCUGAAAAGAACGUGUUUACUGCAAAAUACCUGCAGGGACUGACUAAACUCACCAGAACUAUUACAUUAAGCUUUAGUUGUUCUGGUGCCUAUAGUGUCCCUUUAAUGAAAAUCAAAUCAAAUGCAUUAUAGUUGUAUUUGUGUCAAGACUUUCCCUUUACAGGAGUUUCCUAUGGCAUUCAUGGAUGUCACAUGACAUUUGUGUGUGUGUGUAUAUGUAUAAAUGUAUGUAUAUAUAGUGGAAUUAAUCUUCUACUCUAACCUUUAAGUUUAAAGACACAUUAUACCUCACUGGCCAUUCAUUUUUAUGUAUUUUUUUUUUUUUAACCUUUGCCGUUUUAUUUAUUUUGUAUAUUUCCCCUAAAUGCCAUCCCCCCAACUGCAUGCAUUCAGUAAUAACUGUCUUUAUGUUUGCGUGGCAAAAUACAGCAUGUUUCAAUUUGUGUUCAUUCCUAAACAGAAAAAAGAGCUGACUCCAUUGCCAGUAAAGACCUGUUUUUUACUAUUUGUGGAAAACAUCAGGUAUCUUAAAGGGAUUCCAAAAAACUGUGAACUAUUUUGGACCUGCAACAGUUUACCCAGUGGUUUUACAUGAAACGUGAAAGCCUAGAAAACUCCUUAUAUGGAAUGUUGCCUAACAUAGAAGCCAAAAAGGCAUUUAUACAAACAUUUAUUGAGAAGAUGUAACAAACAAAUCAUAAGCUGAAAGGACAGAUUCAUUUAUUGGAGUAAAUUCUGCAGCAAACUCUUGCCUUUUAUACGAUUCAACACUUUUUACAUCGAGCAACUUACGGUUUCAUACUAUACAGCAUUAUGGACUAUUGUCUACCUCGCUACAUUCAUCUAGAUGCCUUAAAACAUUUUCCUACCUUCCCUUUUUUACUGUCUGUACUGGCUUUUGCUUCGUACUCUUAACCAGUAGGAGUUAGUUUGGAAAAUAUAUUUGUAACAAGUGCAAUUACGUUCUUGUACAUUUUUUUUUUUUUUUUUAGAUAUGUAUUUCAAAUGUGUUUAAAACCUUUUUAGACAGAUGCAGAUCAGAAUUAAGCUGGAUUGGCAUUGUUUUCUGUGUGUGAACUGGGUAAUUCAUAAAUUGAUACCAUCUAUGUGUGUAGAUACUUUUAGAUUUAAAAAAUAAAAAAGAAAAGUAUAAAUCUGAAUAUGUAAGCCAAUAAAAGACUAUUUUUUUUACCAUAUGUAGGGAGUUUUUAUUUCAAAGGCAUUUACUUGUAUAAUUAAGAGUGUAGCAAAUUGUAUUUUUUGAUUUCAUUUUUUUUUUUAAAUGUAUCUCUCCCACCCCUUGCGCACACAAUUUCAUAUCAAAGUGCUUUUUAAAAUUAUGAACCCAGGUGAUAUAUACUGCUAUAAUGCUGUAACACUAAGACUAUUUCCCACAUCUGUACAAUGAAGGCAGAGCAAGCUUUUCUGGGAGUUGGGGUUUUUAAUUUUAUUUUUGUGUGUAUUUUGGAAAUGUACUCCUAAGCUCUAUAAAGCAAAUCAUAUCCCUAAGUUUUAUUUCAUUGGGAUCUCUGCAGAGUAGCAUUCCACCUAGUCCCUAACUUCAAUGUGGUAUUUUCCUCUAUUUUGUCAGGAGCUCAUGAAACAUUAGUUUCAGAGUUGGCUCUGAAUUUAGCACUUUAAUUGUACAUGACGUAAAGGUUGAUUCACAUAGAUUUCAGUACAAAGUGUAUUGUAAUGAACACGUUACAGAUUUAAUUUCACACAAUAAAACCUGUUUUUUGUUUUGUGUUUUUGUUUUGUUUUGUUUUAGUUUUUUUGUGUGUCAACCAACAGUGUUUUUAUAGUCUUGAUCUAUAUACUAUGCACGAAUACAUAAAUAUCUCACUGGCAGCAAUGUUACAUUAUUUUAAUCAUUCAGAGAGAUUUAUUGUAAAUAUACAGAGGUCUGUUUCCCUUUUUUAUGAAGACUUCUCUAAUGGAGCCCUGGAUUAGCUGCUAUCAUAUCCCAGAUAUCUGCUUCCAAUAUUAAAUUAAACUGGGCUCUUCUAUUAGCAGACCAUGCCAGAAUAGAGAUAUAAAGAUGUAUUUUUAUAAUGUUGCAUUCAACAGUUUUAAAGGAACAGUCCAAGCUCCAUAAUCCUUAUAGCUGUAGUGAUUAUAGUGACAGGAGUGCCUUGGUGUUUUUUUUUUGUGUUUUUUUCACUGUAAGUAGUCUUACACUAGUCUUAAUCUUAGAACGGUUUGACUUUUUAGCUGGGGUCUUCAGGGCAACUCUCCUCGCUUCCACUACUUCUGACGGCUAGCCAUAAGCUUCUAAGCAGGAGUUUCCAUUCUCCUGAGUUAAGUCCUGUAGUGCAUGGCUAGCACAUUGACUGAGAGCGCCAGCGGCUUCCUCUCAGCCAACAAGUUACAUCCGGCACCUCAAGACUUUGCUCAGAAAGCUUCUGUUUGCCUGUUGGAAGGACUGGAGGCAGCAGACUUAAGGUAAGAAGUCAAACCGUUCUAAAAUAGUUUUUCUAUUUAGAGUGGGAACUACGGUGCACUCUACUGGUUAUGGUGCUUGCAGAGUUCAGGUAUUUUAGUUCUCAGAAAGCUCCUCUCUUCAGAAUAGAAAAAUAAGAGACCAACAGUUUUUUGACACAGAUACACACAUAGAAAUAAAUGUAGAAUAAGUAAUUUAUAUAGUUUACGAAAAGGAGUCCAUGGAAUUGUUAAAAAGGCACUGUCACCAUCUGGGGACUUUGCAGAAUUAGCAAUGGGGGCAGGUAAAGGGAAUUCUACUUACCUGACCCUGUCCCACUGGGGCACGGCCAUCUUACUCUGGCGGGUCAUCUUCAGCACCAGGAGCCGACAUCACUGCUUUACUCUCACGCCUGUGUGAGAGUGUACAGCAUUGAAAUCUAUGGAGGAUCCAACAAGAUGGAGGGUCCCUCCACAGCCAAUUUCCUGCAGCAGUCACUGAUGAUGGCCAGGGGGAUUGGCACUUCUAGAUGGCAAUAGCUCCGCUUGGUGUCUAAAAGUGUCAGGCGUAGAGGAAAUACUGACACUAAGUUGUCCCUACUUUGACUCAAUAUAUCUCUGGACUGCGUUGAAAUUUCAGUGAAAGUCUAACACAGUCUCAAUUAGUAUUUCAUAAAGAUGAUAUCUCCAUGAAAUACUAAUUUUUCAGGAGGUGACAGUGCCACUUUUAACUUAUUUUUCAUUAAAAACCCAUACCAAGAGGCAUCUAUGUAGCUAUUGUGCUGCUAGUGCCAUUAUGUUCAGUCAUGCGCAGAGCCCUGUGAUGUCUAAGGAUUUCUGGAGUUGCCUAGCAUGUUCUCUGUUGUCUGAAAACGGGCCUUUUGUUAUCACAAAUGAAUUUUGAUCCACAUAUAUCAAAAAGGCAGUUAAUGGAACUGGGUAUCGUAGGCCUGGGUACGUAAAAAUUCAGUGCGAUUUAUUGCUAGGUUUGUAUGCCUUCAUUUAAAUACUGUCAAUUUAAGGUUAUUAUAUUGUUAAAAAUCAAAACCUGGAACUCUCAUUGGACCCAGUCAUGUUUUCUGUAUCACACUAUUAAUUAGAUCCUGCUGGUACAUGUUGUGACUGCAUAUUUCUACCUGUUUUCAGGUCUCGCUAAUGGUUAUGCAGAAGGCGAGAAGGCAAAGGACUUUGAUAUAGGUCGAAGUCGGAAGAUGGAACCUCGGCGACGUUGUGCGUCAGAAUCCAGUAUCUCUUCAAAUAGCAGCUUGUUGUGCAGUUCGAGGUAAGGCAACAUUCUACACCAAUGUUGUUUUUUUGUCUAAAGUUAUUUUAAAUGUUUCAUGUAUUUUUGUUACUUUGACCCCCUUUUUAUUCCCCCCCCCCCCUUCCAUUUUAAUAAAUUGGUGUUAUUUUUCAGUUUUAGUUUGCCAAAAUGUGGCAAGGGCAAACCAGCUCUCAUACGACGCCACACCAUAGAAGACAGAAGCGAAUUAAUAUCUUGCAUAGAAAAUGGGAAUUACGCAAGAGCAGCCCGAAUUGCAGCAGGUAUGUAGCUCAUUGUGGGCAAAAUGCCAAAUUAUGAGGUUUCAUAAAGAAAAAGUUUUCAUUCUGUUGACCAAGAUCUUGCACAUUACCAGUUUAGUAGGCUAUCUUUAAUUUAAAACCAAAAGCUUUUCCACCCAACAAAUACACUAACCUACAUAAAUACAUAAAUAUUUUUACGUAUUUGUUGGUGGCUGAAGUCUCCUUUAAGAAGCAGUCCUCAAUAUUUUUUUCAUCUUUUCUUUAGAGGUUGGGCAGACUAAUAUGUGGGUCUCUGCAAGUGCAACUGCGUCGUUUCUCGAACCAUUAAAAGUUGUGUGGGCAAAGUGCAGUGGAUAUCCUUCUUAUCCAGCAUUGGUAAGUAAACCCGUUUAAUAUUGUAUGAAUAGAAUAAAUAUAUAUUAUAUUAAAGUGGUGAUCUGAAAAAUAAGACCAUACAUCGCGUGUGUGUAAAUCUUUCCAUGCACGUUGUGAUGUGUGCCUGACCCUUUCAGUUUCUAUUUCUAUUAUGUUAGAAUCCGAAAUGGGGUGUGUGUAUUUCCAUUAGCCUUUGACCAAUGAUAAUUUAACCCUAACUAGUAAAUACAUAUCCUUGAUUUGGGACACUCUAGCUUGCAUCUGUGAAUAACUUUCAUGGCCUGACUAGCGGUUUGUGUGUGUAUACAUUUUCUUAUUUUUUUUUUUUAAAUAUAUGAAUAUCUGUUAAUGUUCUAAGCUAAUUUUUUUCUUUAACAUAAGAAUUAACAUCUAUCCUAGAGGCAAUACUAGUCUGCAAAAACUGCUGUUUUUGUUUACAUUUAGCAGAAGUGUGUUUGUGUUUUUUUUUUUUUUUUGGGUGGGGGGGUUCCCAAUAUACUCCACUAUUAGAGAGCGCAAAUGGAAGAGGCACAGUAAGAAAAAAAUUCUCAAAAAGAACCCUAACUUUUAUUGAGAUCUAAUGUUUAAAAAAGAGAGAAACCAAAAAUAGCUCUGUAUUAAAAGGGUAGAACUGAGUCUGUGGGAUAGAGGAGGAAGGUGGAAUGAGACAGAUAAAUUUGCAGCUAUGUAAAUGGUAUCCACCUCUGGGCAGGUAAGUUUUUCUCAAUGGGGCAAAAAAACAACAAAAAAAGUCCUCUGAUAUCCAACCUAAUAAUAGUCUGAGCCAGCGUCUCAAUAGGUCAUUCUACAGGCAAGUAUAAUGCUCUGAUAAGACUCCACCAUCUAAGAAAAAAGACUCCACUUCCAAACAAAAAAAAACAUUUUAAAGAUUAAAGUAAAAAGGGAACAACUCCAUAAAUAUCCUAAGGGAGGGCUACAGGUACAUACAGAAUAUAAAUAUCCUAGACUGUGUCCCAGUCCAGCACACAGACUAAUAGCCAGAGAUACAGAGAUCCAAAAAAAUCAAAGAACAAAGUAGUUGCUGUCCCUGUUUACUUCGGCAUCUCACAAAGCUAGCGCCUACCUGAUUAUUUGGAUCUGCAUAUGUCUGGCAUUUAAGGGUCACCCCCAUUUAGGGAGCACAAAUGUUGUCCUCCAAAUAGGUGAGAUGCUGUGAUACCACCCCCUAGUUUAGGAAGGAUAGGCAAUCACUGCAUCUCCUUUCGUGUUACUGUCAUUUAUUGUUAUACGGUAUCUCACAAAAGUGAGUACACCCCUAACGUUUUUGUAAAUAUUUUAUUAUAUCUUUUCAUGUGACGACACUGAAAAAAUUACAUUCUGCUACAAUGUAAAGUAGUAAGUGUAAAGCCUGUAUAACAGUGUAAUUUUGCUGUCCCCUCAAAAUAACUCCACACACAGCCAUUAAUGUCUAUACCGUUGGCAACAAAAGUGAGUACUAAGUGGAAAUGUCCAAAUUGGGCCCAAUUAGCUAUUUUUCCUCCCCGUUGUCAUAUGACUCGUACAAGGUCUCGGGUGUGAAUGGGAAGCAGGUGUGUUAAAUUUGGUGUUUUCGCUCUACACAUUCUCAUACUGGUCACUGGAAGUUCAACAUGGCGCCUCAUGGCAAAGAACUCUGAGUAUCUGAAAAAGAAAAUUGUUGCUCUACAUAAAGAUGGCAUAGGCUAUAAGAAGAUUGCCAAGACCCUGAAACUGAGCUACAGCACGGUGGGCAAGACCAUACAGCGGUUUCACAGGACAGGUUUCAGUCAGAACAGGCCUCGCCAUGGUUGACCAAAGAAGUUGAGUGCACGUGCUCUGCGACAUAUCUAGAGGUUGUCUUUGGAAAAUAGACGUAUGAGUGCAGCCAGCAUUGCUGCAGAGGUUGAAGGGGUGGGAGGGUCAGCUCAGAACAUUGCCGCACACUGCAUCAAAUUGGUAUGCAUGGCUGUCAGCCCAGAAGGAAACCUCUUCUAAAGAUGAUGCACAAGAAAGCCCGCAAACCGUUUGCUGAAGACAAGCAGACUAAGGACAUGGAUUACUGGAACCAUGUCCUGUGGUCUGAUGAGACCACGAUAAACUUAUUUGGUUGAGAUGGUGUCAAGCGUGUGUGGCGGCAAUCAGGUGAGGAGUACAAAGACAAGUGUGUCUUGCCUACAGUCAAGCAUGGUGGUGGGAGUGUCAUGGUCUGUGCCUGCAUGAGUGCUGCUGGGGAGCUAUAGUUCAUUGAGAGGAAUCAUGAAUGCCAACAUGUACUGUGACAUACUGAAGCAGAGCAUGAUCCCCCUCCCUUCGGAGACUAGGCCGCAGGGCAGUAUUCCAACAUAACCCCAAUCAUACCUUUUAGACGUCCACUGCCUUGCUAAAUUAGCUGAAGGUAAAGGUGAUGGACUGGCCAAGCAUGUCUCCAGACCUAAACCUGAGCAUCUGUGGGGCAUCCUCAAAGGAAGGUGGGGGAGGGCUCUGUGAUGUCAUCGUGGAAGAGGAUUCCAGUGGCAACCUGUGUAGCUCUGGUGAACUCCAUGCCCAUGAGGGUUAAGGCAGUGCUGGAAAAUAAUGGUGGCCACACAAAAUAUUGAUACUUUGGACCCAAUUUGGACAUUUCCACUUAAGGGUGUACUCACUUUUGUUGCCAACGGUUUAGACAUUAAUGGCUGUGAGUUGAGUUAUUUUGAGGAGCAGCAAAUUUGCACUGUUAUACAGGCUGUACACUUACUACUUUACAUUGUAGCAGAGUGUCAUUUCUUCAGUGUUGUCACAUGAAAAGAUAUAACUAAAUAUUUACAAAAAUGUUGAGGUGUACUCACUUUUGUGAGAUACUGUAUAUGAACCUCAGCAGAUUAUAGGAAUGGUUAAUAGCAUGGCUUGAACUUUCUAGGAGUAGGAGGCAGUUAUGGGGUUGUUUAAAGGGACACUAACCCACAUAAAUGCCUCCGACUCCUAGAAAGUUCGAGCAAUGUUUUACAAUACAGGAUUUUAUGACACUGCAUUCAGAUCACAUGAUCCCAUUGAAGUGGUCUGAAUUCAGUGUCAUUAAAUCCUGUAAUGUAAAACAUUGCUGCAUUAGAGAAACGGCAAUGUUUACAUUGCAGCACUAAGACAGCCUCUAGUAGCAGUCUACCAGACAGCCACUAGAGGCACUUCCAGGAGUUUACCGGACUUUAGUUCGCCUGACACUGAAUGUCCUCACUCUCUUAAUGAGGACAUCCAGCGUGUCUGAAAUUCCCGUAGGAAAGCAUUCAAGCAAUUCUUUCCUAUGGGGAAGACCCAAUGUGCUUGCAAGAAAAAAUAUUUAUAUAAAAACAAACCUCCUACUGUAACCUGAUCUACACCUUUUACCUAAAUUUCACCUUUAUGACUUAAUAUACACAUUGCUGUUAUUAAAUUUGAAAAAUCCUGUUACGUAUCUUCCUGCAAAAGCCAAUAAAGUCACUUGGCAUAAUGUAAUAAAUAAAUUAAAUAACAAAAUCAUAAUGCAUUUGAUGCAUCCUGCGAUUUUAAAAUACAAACCCAGUUUUGUCUAGUGCUUGCAAUGUCUCCCUCUAGUGGAAGCUGCUUCAUGUGUUCUCCUAUACAUAUAUAUUUACUUUACCUCUUCAACUCUACGAACCACUGACUCCUGAAUGUAUGUGUCAACUUACAAAGUUUGUUGCACUUAACUCUCUUCCCUACUAUAAAAACAAGCAUGAUGGGGAUUUCUAGAACAUAACCUUAAUGGUUGGUUGUACUUUACAUACCUUUUCACUAUACCAAACAAUUUAUAUUUCGUGUGCAUUUACCGGUAAUAACUUGAUUCACAUUUCUUGCUUAUGUGACUAGUAAUAUUAAUUUCCUUUAUCUUAGAUAAUUGACCCUAAGAUGCCCCGUGUUGGUUGUCAUCACAAUGGUGUUGCUAUCCCAGUGCCCCCGCUGGAUGUUUUGAAAACUGGAGAACAAAUGCAGACAAGGGCUGAAGAAAAGUUAUUUUUGGUUUUAUUUUUUGAUAAUAAGCGAAGCUGGUAAGAGCAGUUACAUAUAAUGCAACCUUUCAGUUUUGCCACCUCUUAAUUUACGUAUACUUAGUCCUUUGAGAUCUUUUUGCAGUAUGUUCGUCUGUGUAAAGGGAUUUCCCCAAAUUGUGUAUGACUCUAUGUUUUUCAGAUUUAGCUUUCCCCCCUUUUAAUUAAAAGGUAAGCAAGACUUCUGUCUGUGAGAAUUAGCGUGAGCUGCUAAAACCGGUGCAAACGGUUUGUAGCUGGUCCAUUAUUUUUUUUUUUUUUUUAAAUUUUUUUUUUUUAGUUAGUAUGAUUGCUUGGGUAUGGUGCUUGGCUCACAGAUGCAUCCUAAAAUUCUGAUAGUUGGCAAACACUAGACAGAUGAAACUUAUGGGAUUCUUAAAGCUAAAACGGGCCGCAAGAGAACACUGAGAACAGGCAACACCAACUCAAAUAGCUUGCCCUUUGGGUCCCUGCUCAGAUCUCAAACCCAGUCCUUGCUCAUUCUGCCUAGACCUCCCUACACCUUAUUGACUAGGCGUAACUAGGCUGAAACGAUUAUCUGGAGUUGCUGUAUGUUUUGUGCAGAGAUAGUUGGCCUGCAUUUUGCAUCUAGACUUCACUUUUGUAUGGGAUAUGUCUGAUAUGUAAAUGGUUUAGGUUCUUUCUGUAAUUACACAAGAUGAGCUAAAACCAGCUUGACAUGAGUGGUGAACAACUGAACGGCAUCCUUUAGUUCAUUUGCUGUCCAUAUGACACUUAUUGUUUUAAUGAUAAUGGAUCAAGUUAGAGCAAUGUGCUGGGUGUGGAGGGGCAAGCUAUGCAGAAAAAAAUAAAAAUUCUAUUUUCAUCUCAUUGCAAUUUGACUUGAUGAAAUUGAUAUGAACAAGCUGCCCUCUUUCUGUACUGACACGCACAACACCUGUAGGCAGGUACCUUAUUCCUGCUAAAUGUAACUGACUUUUUUUUUUUAAUGAAAUCUAAAAACUUAUAGUUAAGAUUCUGAUGUUUUAUUAUGUUAUACUAAUAUAUAUAUAUAUAUUUUCUUAGGCAGUGGCUCCCAAAGUCAAAGAUGGUUCCCCUUGGAAUUGACGAAACCAUCGAUAAAUUGAAGAUGAUGGAAGGAAGAAAUUCAAGCAUUCGAAAGGCCGUACGGGUUGCUUAUGACAGAGCUGUGAACCAUUUAAGCAGGGUUCAAGGCGAAUCAGUUAGUGACUUUAGCGAUAUCGAUUGACUGCUGAAAGGACACAACGAGCCUCACAAACUGUUUAUCUAAGCUUUACUUCUAACCUCUUCCUCUGAAAGAAUGUAUUGAAGAUCUGAUUCCCAGUCACGGAAUGGGUGAAGAUGUUUUGUUAUGGAGCAUGCACCUUGCUGCCGUUCUCAUGAUUUUAUCCAUUUCCUGUAGUUCAGAGGAGCUUCCACUAAAGUUGUUAAAUGUCAUGUUUAUAGUGUUCAUAAUCUGUAUAUAACUGUAUAUUGGGGGAAAAUUAACUUAUUCAGACUUUUGAGGUAGUUCUUAAAUUCCCUAGGCUUUUGCCUUUUUUCUUUUUGAAGUUUUUUUUUUUUUUUUAUUCUAAAUGUAGAUUUUGUUUUAAAAUGUAAAACAAAGGGUUGAAUCUUAGCACCACUUUACACAAAGAAAUUUUUUUUUUUUUUUUUGUAAAACUGCUAAAUUGGAAAGAAUAGCUAUGUUUAAAAUAUAUUUAAUACAUUCUGCUACCUAGCGUGUCCAUUCUCAUAUUUUGACUACUGUAUUUAAUGGAAUAUUUUAAAAGAUGCAAUGACCAUGCAGAAGAGUACAAUGUGCUUAUAAAAUAUGCAUUUAUUUUAUUACAACGUCUGAAGAAUGCACUGGCAUUAAAGUAUUAUAUAUAGUAUAUUAUGUAUCAUGACUCCUUUAAAAAUCCUCCCAGCAAAGUCUAUAUUUUUAUUUUUCAUAUAGGACACUAAACUUUUUUAUUUAGAAAACAUUUUUGUUUUUCUGCAG